CCAGCUCUGACUUAACCCCAGCCAAAGGGCUGGGGCCUUGUAAGUAAAAUGUUGUGUAACAUGUAGCAACCUUUUGUAAGUAAUAUGUUGUAGUUUUGUAUUGUAUCAUAAUUGUAGUAAAUUGACAUUCUGCUAGCAUCUGUUUAUUUGUUAUAGUUAUAUUAAAUAUACAUUUAAUAAUACAACGUUUUGUGUAUUUUCUAUCCACAUAUUCGACCAUAAUACCAUGAAUUAUAAAAAUAUUAAUGUUGUUCCGUAUUGCUUAAUUAUUAUGUAUUAAGAGAUUAAUAUUCAUAUUUAGGUCACGACCACAACACCAUUUUAUGGCCAUGCAUUCCUUUUCCACUAUGGAGUACCUCUGUUCAUGGGGAUUCAUUUUCCGGUUCAGAUACAUGACAGGAUGUUCCUCUCCUUCAUGUACCUGGGAAGGAACCGCGCCAAGGCCCACAUCGGCAUCGGUCUGUACCACAAAUGGUUUAGUGAAAUCCGGAGCCACUAAAACAGGGUCAGCACACAAGGCUCCUUUCAAGACUUGAAAGGCAUGCUCCACUUCUGGGGUCCACUUAACCAUAACCGGGCCUUUUGCCUUAGUACGUUCAGUCAAUGGGUUGGCAAUGGUAGCGUACCCAGGGAUGAACCUGCGAUAGUAGCCGGUUUAAGCCUAAAAAAGCCCUGACUUGCUUUUUAGUUACAGGACGUGGCCAACUGGUGAUGGCCACUACCUUGCUCUCUUGUGGUUUAAGGAGCCCCCGCCCGAUAGUGUAACCUAGAUAUUUUGCUUCUUCUAGCCCUAAAGAACACUUAGCAGGGUUAGCUGUCAAACCGGCAGCCCAUAUACUAUUCACAACUGCCUGAAACUUCAUCAAGUGGGUUUCCCAGUCUGCACUGUGAAUCACCACAUCAUCCAGGUAGGUGGCUGCAUACUCCAUGUGGGGGUGAAGUAUCUUAUCCAUCAUACGCUGAAAUGUGGCUGGGGCACCAAGCAACCCAAAUGGCAGUACUUUAUAUCAGAAUAACCCAUCAGGGGUAGAAAAUGCGGUUUUCUCUUUUGCUUUCUCUGUCAGGGGUACCUGCCAGUAUCCCUUGGUGAGGUCCAAGGUGCUCAGAUAUCUGGCCUUACCUAAUCGCUCUAUUAGCUCAUCCACACGAGGCAUCGGGUAGGCAUCAAACUUAGAGAUAUCAUUUAGCUUACAGAAACGUAUUUCCCCAUUUGGUUUGGGCACUAACAUGAUUGGGUUGUUCCACUCACUUUGUGACACUUCAAUCACCCCCAACUCAAGCAUCUUUUUUACUUCUGCACUAACUGCUUCACGUGUAGCCUCAGGUAUCCUGUAGGGCUUCAGAUUGAUCUUCUUCCCAGGUUCAGCUAUGAUAUCAUGCUUGAUUACAUGUGUUUUUCCUGGUAUUAGGGAAAACACCUCCCUAUUUUUAGACUCAAACUCCCUGACUUCCUGUUUCUGAUGGGAGGCAAGAGUAUCAGCAAUAUGCACCUCUGGACCCUGCUCAAGAGUUGUUUGAGUAGGUUUAUCUCUGGCCAUGAUGAGAACCUCUCAUUCUACCCAUGGCUUCAAUAAAUUUAUAUGAUAUAUCUGUUCUGGCUUCCAUCUGCCUGGCUGGCUUACGUUAUAGUUCACGUCGCUGACCCGCUCAGUGAUUUCAUAUGGCCCUUGCCAGCUGGCUAAGAAUUUGCUGUCUACCGUGGGAAUGAGAACUAGAACCCUGUCACCUGGUUUGAAUACCCGUAGCCUUGCUUUCCGGUUAAAGCUUGCUUGUUGGGCUCUCUGGGCCUUUUCCAUGUUUUCCCUAACUAUGGGAAUUACUGCUUCGAUUCACUCUUACAUUUGAGCUACAUGCUCUAUAAGACUAUGAUGGGGGGUAUGCUCUUGUUCCCAUGUUUCCUUGGCAACAUCCAGUAUGCCUCUUGGACGCGCUCAGUGUGUGUGUGUGUGUUGAAGGCGGGAGCGCGCAAAGUGUGUGUGAGGGGAAGGCGGGAGCGCGCUAGGUGUGUGUGAGGUGAAGGUGGGAGCGCGCUCGGUGUGUGUUGAAGGCGGGAGCGCGCUCAGUGUGUGUGUUGAAGGCGGGUGCGCGCUCAGUAUGUGGGGUGUUGAAGGCGGGAGCGAGCUCAGUGUGUGCGAGGUGAAGGCGGGGGCGCACUCAGUGUGUGUGAGGUGAAGGUGGGAGCGCGCUCAGUGUGUGUGAGGGGAAGGUGGGAGCGCGCUCAGUGUGUGUGUGUGUUGAAGGUGGGAGCGCGCUCAGUGUGUGCGAGGUGAAGGCGGGAGCGUGCUCAGUGUGUGUGAGGUGAAGGCGGGAGCGCGCUCAGUGUGUGUGUGUUGAAGGCAGGAGCGCGCUCAGUGUGUGCGAGGUGAAAGCGGGGUCGUGCUCAGUGAAUGUGUGAGGGGAAGGAGGGAGCAUGCUCAGUGUGUGUGUGUGUUGAAGGCGGGAGCGCGCAAAGUGUGUGUGAGGGGAAGGCGGGAGCGCGCUAGGUGUGUGUGUGUGUGAGGUGAAGGUGGGAGCACGCUCGGUGUGUGUGUUGAAGGCGGGAGCGCGCUCAGUGUGUGUGAGGGGAAGGCGGGAGCGCGCUCAGUGUGUUGAAGGCGGGAGCGCGCAAAGUGUGUGUGAGGAGAAGGCGAGAGCACGCUAGGUGUGUGUGUGUGUGUGAGGUGAAGGUGGGAGCGCGCUCAGUGUGUGUGUGUGUUGAAGGCGGGAGCGCGCUCAGUGUUUGUGUUGAAGGCGGGAGCGCGCUCAGUGUGUGUGUGUGUUGAAGGCGGGUGCGCGCUCCCACCUUCAACAAACACACACGGAGCCCGUGUUUGUUGGAGGUGGGAGCACGCUCAGUAUGUGUGUGUUGAAGGCGGGAGUGCACUCAGUUUAUGAGGAGAAGGCGGGAGCGAGCUCAGUGUGUUUGUUGAUGGCGGGAGCGCGCUCAGUGUGUGAGGAAAAGGCAGGAGCGUGCUCAGUGCAUGCGAGGUGAAGGCGGGGGCGCGCUCAGUGUGUGUGUGUUGAAGGCGAGAGCGCGCUCAGUGUGUGCGAGGUGAAGGCGGGAGCGCGCUCAGUGUGGUGUGAGGUGAAGGCGGGAGUGCGCUCAUGUGUGUGUGUUGAAGGCAGGAGCGCGCUCAGUGUGUGCGAGGUGAAAGCGGGGUCGCGCUCAGUGAAUGUGGCAGGGGAAGGAGGGAGCGCGCUCAGUGUGUGCGAGGGGAGAGCGGGGUCGUGCUCAGUGAAUGUGUGAGGGGAAGGAGGGAGCGCGGCUCAGUUGUGUGUGUGUUGGCGGGCGGAGCGCGCAAAGUGUGUGAGGGGAAGGCGGGAGUGCGCUAGGUGUGUGUGUGUGAGGUGAAGGUGGGAGCGCGCUCCGGUGUGUGUUAAAGGCGGGAGCGCACUCAGUGUGUGUGUUGAAGGCGGGAGCGCGCUCAGUGUGUGUGGGGGGGAGGCGGGAGCGCGCUCAGUGUGUGUGAGGGGAAGGCGAGAGCGCGCCUCGUGUGUGUGUGUUGGAGGCGGGAGCGCGCUCAGUGUUUGUGUUGAAGGCGGGAGCGCGCUAAGUGUGUGUGUGUUGAAGGCGGGGGCGCGCUCAGUAUGUGGGGUGUUGAAGGCGGGAGUGAGCUCAGUGUGUGCGAGGUGAAAGCGGGGGCACGCUUAGUGAAGGUGUGAGGGGAAGGCGGGAGCGCGCUCAGUGUGUGUGUGUUGAAGGCGGGAGCGCGCAAAAGUGUGUGUGAGGGGAAGGCGGGAGCGCGCUAGGUGUGUGUGUGUGGAAGGCUGGAGCCGCGCCAGUGUGUGUGUGUGGUGAGGGCGGGAGCGCGCUCAGUGUGUGCGAGGUGAAGGUGGGAGCGCGCUCAGUGUGUGUGGAGGGGGAGGCGGGGAGCGCGCUCAGUGUGUGUGAGGGGAAGGCAGGUGCGCGCUCAGUGUGUAUGAGGUGUUGAAGGCGGGAGCGCGCUCAGUGUGUGUGAGGAGAAGGCGGGUGCCCGCUCAGUGUGUAUGAGGUGUUGAAGGCGGGAGCGCGCUCAGUGUGUGUGAGGAGAAGGCGGGAGCGCGCUCAGUGUGUGUGAGGGGAAGGCGGGUGCGCGCUCAGUGUGUGUGAGGAGAAGGCGGGUGCCUGCUCAUUGUGUGUGUGAGGGGAAGGCGGGUGCGCGCUCAGUGUGUGUGUCAGGUUAAGGCGGGAGCGCGCUCAGUGUGUGUGAGGGGAAGGCGGGUGCGCGCUCAGUGUGUGUGAAGGGAUGGGGGGAGCGCGCUCAGUGUGUGUGAGGGGAAGGGCGGGAGCGCGCUCAGUGUGUGUGAGGUGAAGGCAGGAGCGCGCUCAGGGUGUGUGUGAGGGGAAGGCGGGAGCGCGCUCAGUGUGUGUGAGGGGAAGGCGGGAGCGCACUCAGUGUGUGUGAGGGGAAGGCGGGUGCGCACUCAGUGUGUCAGUGUGUUGAAGGCGGGAGCGCGCUCAGUGUGUGUGAGGGGAAGGCAGGAGCGCGCUCAGUGUGUGUGAGGGGAAGGCGGGAGCGCACUCAGUGUGUGUGAGGGGAAGGCGGGUGCGCACUCAGUGUGUCAGUGUGUUGAAGGCGGGAGCGCGCUCAGUGUGUGUGUGAGGGGGAAGGCAGGAGCGCCGGGCCAGUGUGUGAAGGGGAUGGCGGGAGCGCUCAGUGUGUGUGGAGGGGGAAGGCGGGAGCGCGCCCAGUGUGUGUGUGUGAGAGGGGGAAGGCAGGAGCGCGCCCAGUGUGUGUGAAGGGAUGGCGGGAGCGCGCCUGAAGUGUGUGUGAGGGGAAGGCGGGGAGCGCGCCUGCGUGUGGGGUGUUGAAGGCGGGAGCGCGCUCAGUGUGUGUGAGGGGAAGGCGGGAGCGCGCUCAGUGUGUGUGAGGUGUUAAAGGCGGGAGCGCGCUCAGUGUGUGUGUGUGAGGGGAAGGCGGGAGCGCGCUCAGUGUGUGUGAAGGGAUGGCGGGAGCGCGCUCAGUGUGUGUGAGGUGUUGAAGGCGGGAGCGCGCUCAGUGUGUGUGUGAGGGGAAGGCGGGAGCGCGCUCAGUGUGUGACGUGAUACGGGUGUUCGCGCCCCCCGCUGCCCCUCCCCCAUUGCGCGCGCUCGCGGUUCCCAGGCUCACAGUUCCCGUGUGGAGAUAUCCAAGAUGUCCGCCGGCGCGCCCUGGACCCCCCUCAGCCUGUGACACGGCGGCGGUUGCUGGUCACUGUGACAGAGCCGGGAGAAGGAGGAGGAGGAGGCGGGACACCCUUCUGUCAUCAACAGCCAGGGCCCAUCCUCACCUCCUGCCCGGGGCCCGGGACACCAUCGUCAGCGAGCGGGGAGCCCGGAAACUGAGCCGCAACAAAGAGGUAAACCGCCAUCACCAACCGCCAUCAGCCGCCACCAACCGCCAUGACACUGCCGCCAUUAACCCCGCGCCUGCCGGACCGCCAGACAGCUCGGCCCUGCACGGGUUAACACACAGGGCCACAGGGGGCGGGGCCAGGGCCCUGACCGCCACACAAAGGGUUAAACUCCAUAUAAUCCAUCAUUACAGAGAGUGAGAGGGUUAAACUCCAUAUAAUCCAUCAUUACAGAGAGAGUGAGAGGGUUAAACUCCAUAUAAUCCAUCAUUACAGAGAGUGAGAGGGUUAAACUCCAUAUAAUCCAUCAAUACAGAGAGAGAGAGGGUUAAACUCCAUAUAAUCCAUCAAUACAGAGAGUGAGAGGGUUAAACUCCAUAUAAUCCAUCAUUACAGAGAGAGUGAGAGGGUUAAACUCCAUAUCAUCCAUCAUUACAGAGAGAGUGAGAGGGUUAAACUCCAUAUAAUCCAUCAUUACAGAGAGAGAGAGAGGGUUAAACUCCAUAUAAUCCAUCAUUACAGAGAGAGUGAGAGGGUUAAACUCCAUAUAAUCCAUCAAUACAGAGAGUGAGAGGGUUAAACUCCAUAUAAUCCAUCAUUACAGAGAGAGUGAGAGGGUUAAACUCCAUAUCAUCCAUCAUUACAGAGAGAGUGAGAGGGUUAAACUCCAUAUCAUCCAUCAUUACAGAGAGAGUGAGAGGGUUAAACUCCAUAUCAUCCAUCAUUACAGAGAGAGUGAGAGGGUUAAACUCCAUAUCAUCCAUCAUUACAGAGAGAGUGAGAGGGUUAAACUCCAUAUAAUCCAUCAAUACAGAGAGUGAGAGGGUUAAACUCCAUAUAAUCCAUCAUUACAGAGAGAGUGAGAGGGUUAAACUCCAUAUAAUCCAUCAUUACAGAGAGUGAGAGGGUUAAACUCCAUAUAAUCCAUCAUUACAGAGAGAGUGAGAGGGUUAAACUCCAUAUAAUCCAUCAUUACAGAGAGAGUGAGAGGGUUAAACUCCAUAUAAUCCAUCAUUACAGAGAGAGAGAGGGUUAAACUCCAUAUAAUCCAUCAUUACAGAGAGAGUGAGAGGGUUAAACUCCAUAUAAUCCAUCAUUACAGAGAGAGUGAGAGGGUUAAACUCCAUAUAAUCCAUCAUUACAGAGAGUGAGAGGGUUAAACUCCAUAUAAUCCAUCAUUACAGAGAGAGAGAGGGUUAAACUCCAUAUAAUCCAUCAUUACAGAGAGUGAGAGGGUUAAACUCCAUAUAAUCCAUCAUUACAGAGAGAGUGAGAGGGUUAAACUCCAUAUAAUCCAUCAUUACAGAGAGAGUGAGAGGGUUAAACUCCAUAUAAUCCAUCAUUACAGAGAGUGAGAGGGUUAAACUCCAUAUAAUCCAUCAUUACAGAGAGAGAGAGGGUUAAACUCCAUAUAAUCCAUCAUUACAGAGAGUGAGAGGGUUAAACUCCAUAUAAUCCAUCAAUACAGAGAGAGUGAGAGGGUUAAACUCCAUAUAAUCCAUCAUUACAGAGAGUGAGAGGGUUAAACUCCAUAUAAUCCAUCAAUACAGAGAGAGAGAGGGUUAAACUCCAUAUAAUCCAUCAAUACAGAGAGUGAGAGGGUUAAACUCCAUAUAAUCCAUCAUUACAGAGAGAGUGAGAGGGUUAAACUCCAUAUCAUCCAUCAUUACAGAGAGAGUGAGAGGGUUAAACUCCAUAUCAUCCAUCAUUACAGAGAGAGUGAGAGGGUUAAACUCCAUAUCAUCCAUCAUUACAGAGAGAGUGAGAGGGUUAAACUCCAUAUCAUCCAUCAUUACAGAGAGAGUGAGAGGGUUAAACUCCAUAUCAUCCAUCAUUACAGAGAGAGUGAGAGGGUUAAACUCCAUAUAAUCCAUCAAUACAGAGAGUGAGAGGGUUAAACUCCAUAUAAUCCAUCAUUACAGAGAGAGUGAGAGGGUUAAACUCCAUAUAAUCCAUCAAUACAGAGAGAGUGAGAGGGUUAAACUCCAUAUAAUCCAUCAUUACAGAGAGAGUGAGAGGGUUAAACUCCAUAUAAUCCAUCAUUACAGAGAGAGUGAGAGGGUUAAACUCCAUAUAAUCAUUACAGAGAGAGUGAGAGGGUUAAACUCCAUAUAAUCCAUCAAUACAGAGAGAGUGAGAGGGUUAAACUCCAUAUAAUCCAUCAAUACAGAGAGAGUGAGAGGGUUAAACUCCAUAUAAUCCAUCAAUACAGAGAGAGUGAGAGGGUUAAACUCCAUAUAAUCCAUCAAUACAGAGAGAGUGAGAGGGUUAAACUCCAUAUAAUCCAUCAAUACAGAGAGAGUGAGAGGGUUAAACUCUGUGUGAUCAAUCAAUGCAGAGUGUGAGAGCAAUGAGAGGGUUAAAUUCCAUGUAAUCAAUCAAUACAGAGUGUGAGAGGGUUAAACUGUCAUCCAUUAUAACAGAGUAUGAGAGCAAUGAGAAGGUUAAACUGCGUGUAAUCAAUACCGUGUGAGAGCAACAGGAAGGGUUAAACUCCGUGUGAUCCAUCAUUAGACAGUGAGAGCAAUGAGAGGGUUACCAACGUGUAAUCCAUCAUUACAGAGUGUGAGAGCAAUGAGGGUGUUAAACCCCAUGUGAUCAAUAGUGUGAGGGGGUUAAACCCCAUGUGAUCAUCAAUACAGAGUGUGAGGGCAAUAUGAAGGGUUACCCUCAUGUGAUCCAUCAUUGCAGAGUGUGAGAGCAACGAGAGGGGUUAAACCACAUAUGAUCCAUCAUUUGAGUGUGGGAGCAACAUGAAGGGUUAAACCCACAUAAUACAUCAAUACAGAGUGUGAGAGCAACAAAAAGGUUAAAUUACAUGUAAUCCAUCAUUACAGAUUGUGAGAGGGUUAAACCUCAGGCAGUUCAUCAAUACAGAGAGUGAGAGCAACACAAAGGGUUAAACCCCGUGCAAUCCAUUAUUACAGAGCAUGAGGGGCUUGAACCCCGUGCAAUCCAUUUUUACAGAGCGUGAGGGGCUUGAACCCCGUGCAAUCCAUCAUUACAAAGCGUGAGGGGAUUGAACCCCAUGCAAUCCAUCAUUACAGAGUGUGAGGGGCUUGAACCCCAUGCAAUCCAUUAUUACAGAGUGUGAGGUGCUUGAACCCCGUGCAAUCCAUUAUUACAGAGCAUGAGGGGCUUGAACCCCGUGCAAUCCAUUUUUACAGAGCGUGAGGGGCUUGAACCCCGUGCAAUCCAUUUUUACAGAGCGUGAGGGGCUUGAACCCCGUGCAAUCCAUCAUUACAAAGCGUGAGGGGAUUGAACCCCAUGCAGUCCAUCAUUACAGAGUGUGAGGGGCUUGAACCCCAUGCAAUCCAUUAUUACAGAGUGUGAGGGGCUUGAAGCCCAUGCAAUCCAUCACUACAGAGUGUGAGGGGCUUGAAGCCCAUGCAAUCCGUUAUUACAGGGUGUGAAGGGGUUAAACCCCAUGCAAUCCAUCACUACAGAGUGUGAGGGGGUCCCAUGCAAUCCAUCAUUACAGAGUGUGAGGGGGUUAAACCCCAUGCAAUCCAUCACUACAGUGUGAGAGCAAUGAGAGAGGUUAAACUCCAUGUAAUCCAACAAUACAGAGAGCAAGAGUAACGAGAGGGGUUAAACCCCAGUUAAGCCAUCAAUACAGAGUGUGAGUGCAAUGAGAGGGGAUAAACCCCAUGUAAUCCAUGAAUACAGAGUGUGUGAGGGGUUACACCCCACAUAAUUCAUCAAUACAAAUUGUGAGAGCAAUCCGCUUUGUCACCCAGGCAGGGUAUUCAUUUAACUUUAUUUAUACUGCACUAGGCCUUGAGAGCCUUAAAAGUUAUCCUGCUUUAAUAUAAAUAUAAUAAAACAAUGCAAUCAUUGUUCAGUUAUUAUAAACAUGAUGUAUCCAGCUGCAGAUCUGUUCUAGGAUUACUCCAUUUUGAAGAAGUGAAUAGUCAUAGCGAGUGCAUGUUUUAUCGCUAUGGAGAGAGAUGACUUUAAAGGGAAAUGUGAGAGCAAAAUCCCAUGGCUUUAGGGAGUGUUUAAUAUGAUAUGCAAAUCAUGUUAUUGGUGUGGUCACCAUGAGGCAGUACAUGUAUUAAAUUUAAUUACAAAUCUCUGACUCAUCCUCAAAAUGGGGGAAACAUAUCCAUCUUUGAAUAUCUGUUCAAUGUGUCUUUAUUUAUUUUUUUUAUUUUUUUUAUACAUGAUCUUCUGCAUGUAUUACUCUGUUGUGCUGUUAUGGAUUAGAGAUGGCGGUGCAUUUUUUUUUUUUCUUCUUCUUCUCAGUUUGAAUGAACAAUUUCCUUUCCUGUGUGGAACAUUUGUUAAUGCUUGGGAUAGCAAUUUUAUUUAAAAAUCUGGGACACACGUUGCUUAAGCUCUUUGCACCAUGCCGGACCAUGUUUCCAUCAUAAAUAUUGCAAUGAACACAUGCCCUGUUAGGUUGUUGAACAAGCAAGGUAUCUACAGCAUGAUCAUUUUUAUUUGUCUGGUCUGUGUGGAGACCAUUAAUGUUCCAUUUCUUUCCUUUGGUAUUUGUAAAGGAAAUAUGUGUACUAGAACAUUCAUAUUCUUAUCAAGCAAGAGAUGUAGAAAUAUACAUUUUUGACUGCACAGGAAAGGGAAGCCAGUUGGCUUGUCUGACCUGCCCAUGCAUUUUAGUCUUGAAUUUUAAUUUCCAGAUAAGAACGAGUGAUUUUUUUUUUUAUUUUUUUUUAUCUCAAACCAAACAAGCAGGUUAGGUUAUGGUCGGUAAUUUCAAUAAGCCCAUCAUAUCUACAAUCUUGGAGAAUUUCUCUUUUUGGUCCAACAAUAUUGUGCGGUGUAAUGCUUUGCCUUAGGUUUUUGUGAGUUCUAGUUCAGCUCAUUGCAUAAUACAGUAAAGCUAUUGCUAUGAGAGAGCACAGCUCUUCAAACGAGAUUUUUCAUUUAUUUUUGCAUAUUUCUUUAUGCUUAAAAUGAAUCUGAUGCAUUUUGGACUACCCUUUAUAUUUUCCAACUUAAUAUUUUUUUAUUUGUAUUUACAAACAAGCUAUAUGGCUUAUAUUGCCUCCGUGCAACUUCCAACCAAAACAUUAAUCUCCAAAGAACUGUACUCCAGAUGAGUUUGUAAUGGGUUUCAAUGCAAUACAAUAUUCUUUAUUGUGUCCAAUCACAUAAGUCAAUGUUUCAGUCCUUGUAUCACAUUGACUUACUUGAUCGGACACAAUAAAGACUAUUGAAACCCAUUACAGCGCAGUUCUUUAAAAAUGUGUUUGUGUGUGUGUAUGUAUAUAUAUAUAUAUAUAUAUAUAUAUAUAUAUAUAUAUAUAUAUUUUUUGUUUGUGGUCGCAACUUAAUAGUAUAUGUAAUAUUGUAGGUGGUGAAAGUUGGUGGUGCUGAAAACAACAUACGGGUAGGCCUGUAAUAAAAGAGGGCAAAAAGUAUUGAUGAAAAACACACUUUAUUGCAUACUUGUCAAGCUAAACACUUAAAUGCUUUCCUUGGCUCUUUCUCGGGUUGCGGUAUGUAAGUAUUGUAAACAAAUGACUUCCAUCUACCCAAUCUUUUAAUAAAAUGUACUGUUGUGUCCAUAUUGGAUGCUGAAGAGGCUGUUCCUAUUCUGGAGUGUCCAGAAGAGGGGUUAUAAUUCAAUCUUAACAGCAAUGUUUUAACAUAGAAUAUAAACUUUGAUGUGGUAAGUGGUUGUCCGUGGAGAAGUAUUAGAGAAGAGUUAAAUGGGUAGCUGUUGCGCGUGGUUAGAAAUUAGUCUAAUAUUUUAACAGGACACCAGUUAUCUGUAGGGAAAAUAGGGAUUGUGGAAGGAUGGUUGGUUUGGUUAGAUUUUGAAGUUUUUAAAUGAGGGAAUGUAGUAGUCAUUGUGUUUGACCAUGUCUGAUAUUUUAAGGCUUGCAUUGAUUUCGGAUUGAUGUACUAUGGUGAACUCUCUAGGUCUAAGGAAGUUGUAGAAAGCAAUGUAAAUUGCUACCUUAAUAACCGAAUUAGUGUGUUUAUCGAAGGGGUUAGUAUCCACAAUGUUGCUUAGGUUCCUGAGUAUAGGACCGUCUAUAGGUUGUGUAGUGGUUGUUGGAGGGCGGACUGUUUUAUUGAUUAAUUUGAGGAUAAUUUUGAUGGAGUAUGAGGAAAGAAUAGGCGCGUGAUUGGGAAAAUUGGUGAGUACAUGAUGUUGCAUGCCUGUAAGAUAUAAUUUGAUGGUGUUAUGUGCUAAUUUAAGAUGUAGGUGACAGUAAGAGGCAAAAGCCACAGAUCUUUGUGACGGGGUGUUGGACUCUUGGUUGACAGAGAGCAAAAUACGUGUGGCCCUGACUGUAAACCUGCAGAAGGGUGUGCGAAGCAGCUAACUAUGAGAUGGGCCGUUGGGCGAAACCUUCAUGGUGAGGUGGGGGUUGGCCUUGCGGGACCAUAAACUAAUUUAAUUUACACUAGGGUCAGCACCUAGCCCUAAAAGCCAGUUAUUUUUCUCUAGUCGGGGGUUGUCUCUUUCCUUAUUGAGCGUAAGCGUACAGGUAUGUACCUAAGAGAAGUGAAACAUUGGAAGGAGAGCUAAGCAAUACACCUAAGAAGGAGAAAACCAUCAAUUAGGUUAAGGCUUGUGGUUUAUUAAAAGAAAAGAGGGAAAAAUGAGUGCUUGAAUGAAUCUAACUAGAAUGUACCCUUAAUUGAUAAGAUGAGACUGCAGUUUAAUACAGGUCUGAGUGUGGCCUACGAGUAAAGAUGCUACGUGUAGGUAUUAAUUUAGAGUAAUGUUAACCCAAGGAGGAAGAAAAAAAGGAGAGUUAAAUUAUCUGUACCUGUUGGCGUGGAUAUCGACUUCUGAAUCUUACUACGCUUAUUGGUGAACACUUAUAGGUGGAAAAGACAGAUAUUACAACAUAAAGUCAACUCCCUGCUAGAAGUCUUGAAAUCCUAUAAAAACGUUUACUGUCUGUAAAUGGGUAACAUAUGCGUAUUAAGGACCUUACGUGGAUCUAAAAAAUACUAGAGACUAGCCCCUAUUUGACUUGGAUUACGAACGUAACGAAAAAAGGCCUUGUGAUAUUGAGCUUAACGUAAGAAGCGUAAUGUUGAAUACCUGAGACACAAAUAUUCGCAGCAGCAAUGUCAACAAUCCUUUGUUACUGGUUCGAUUUGAUGUACCUAAAACUGUACAUGUGUGCGAAAUUGCACGAAUGGACUUAACCAACCUAAUCGUUAUUAGCCGAACAGACACGAAUAACGUAAAAAUUAAAUAUUUAAAACGAAAUCAACUGAACGUCAUGUUUAAACAUAUGAAAGUAAAAAGUAGAAUAUUAAAACAAAAUCAAGCGAAUGACUUGUUUAAACAUACGUAUGUAACAAAUGAACAUGAGAAGGGAGCCAAUCCCCGCGUUUUUAGGCCCGAACGUGGGAAUAAACCGAAUGGUGAUUCCCGACGUGUACAAACGUAUGCGUGCCGUGUCUGGAAGAGGCCAAGUUUCUGAAUUGGAGCCAGAAGUGGGGAACGACAAAGGCUGUCAGACUAAUGCUCAUAUAUAUUUAUUUAUAUUCCUGGCAAAGUGAGGGGUAGGAUGAGCUGCAUCCUGCAAUUAGAUAAUGAAGGUAGACUGGAUGGGACUCCUUGCACCAUAACAUUCCUCAUAAGCCUUUGAUGAUAUGAGAGAAUCAUUUCAUUAAAACUAGGUGUCUUAAUCCACUCAACCAAGAAGGAAGAGAUGUGACAUGGAGACAGACUGAGAAGGCAGAGAAGAACCAUUUGACCCAUCUGUUGUUCUCAUGCAGAAAUCCUAGGUUAAUGGGUUUAUUUUAUAAAUUGGGAAUGGUGGAAAAAUGACAGAAUUUCAAAAUUGAGAUCAGAAUUGCAUGAUCUGGUUUCCUUCCCUAAGAGAGAGAGAAAUCAUAUAGUGGUCUGUUUAAACACAAACCCAGCACACAAACUCUCAGCAUGCUUUUUAGUUGUAUGGAAAAUGUGUUGGGAAAAUAUGACAUUUACUCUGUGUUUAAUAUGCUUUGUUUGGCUCUGUAGAAUUAGAAUAUGGCAGGUGUUUAAGUGGUACAGGAGAAAUGGAAAAUUAUUGGUACAGCAUUCUAAGUACAAUAAUGCUUCAAAAAAUAUUUUUUUUUCGAGAAUAUUGUAAGUUAAAUAAUCUACAAAUUACAUUGAAUAAUUUACACUCUUUAUACAAUCAGUUCCAUCUUAAAGGGACAUUAUAGCGUUGCAAAUAAAUUUUUAAAACUAUAGUGGCCCCCUUUGCCUCUUGUUUAAGAUCCGACAUCAAUUAACAAAAAGAGGGGGAGAAUGUUUUGCUCACCUUUUUCUAUUCCAACCCCUUGAUCUGUCUCACGUGAAGCCAUGCCGACUAGGGAUCGACCGAUAUUGAUUUUUUUAGAGCCGAUACCGAUAAUCUGUUAACUUGCAGGCCGAUAGCCGAUAACUUGCCGAUAUUCUGUACAUUUACCAUUUUGAAAAAAUAAACAAAAAGGUAAAUGCACAAAAUAUAAAAGCCACAUGCACUGGAUGCAGUGUGUUUACACAGUGGAGCUUUGUAUAUUUGUGUAGUGUGUAUAUAUAAUGAAUGCAGGGUGUGUUUGUGUAGUGUGUAUAGUUAAUGCAGUGACUGUGUAGUGUGUAUAUAAUGAAUGCAGAGUGUUUGUUUGUGUAGUGUGUGGUGUAUAAAAGGAAUGCAGUGUGUGUGUGUGUAGUGUGUGUAAAGUGAUUGCAGUGUUUAGUGUGUAUAGCGAAUGCAGUGUGUGUAGUGUGCGUAUAGUGAAUGCAGUGUGUUUGUAUAGUGUGUGUAAAUAAUGAAUACAGUGUGUAGUGUGUGUGUAUAUAAUUUAGUGUUUGUAGUGUGUCUGUGUAUAUAUAAUGCAGUGUGUGUAGUGUAUAUAAUGCAGUGUGUGUAGUGUGUGCAUUAUAUAGACACACACACUGCAUUAUAUAGACACACACACUGCAUUAUAUAAACACACACUAAAUUAUAUAGACACACUACACUAUAUACAAACUCUGCGUUAUAUACAGAGUGUGUAGUGUGUGUGUAUAUAAUGCAGUGUGUGUGUUUUCCUGAAGGGAUGUGAUUUGUGUAAAAUGGGGGGGAGGCAUUUUUUUUAUUUUAAUUUUUAAUGUUUGUUUUAUUUUUUAAUAUUUAUGUUUUUUUUAUGCUUAUUUUUAAUAUUUGUUUUAUUAUUUUUGUUUUCCCCCCUCCCUGCUUGUUACCUGGUCAGGGAGGGGGGAUAUGACAGUCCCUGGUGGUCCAGUGGCAUUGGCUGAGCUGGGGGAUGGGGGGGGCGCUGGUAGCGUUUACUUACCUCCCCUGCAGCUCCUCCAGCUCCCAGUGUAAAUCUCGCGGCCCUUAGUGCCCGACGGCCGCGGGUCUCGCGAGACUUACACUGGGAGCUGGAGGAGCUGCAGGGGAGGUAAGUAAACGCUACCUGCGUCCCCCGCCCCAGGACCACCGGGCUUGUAAUGAGCCUGGCGGUCCUAGGAGGUAUUAUCGGCAAUAUCGGUAUCUAUAUUGGCCGAUACCGAUAUUGCCGAAAAUACCGAAUAUCGGCCGAUUAUAUCGGUAAAACCGAUAAUCGGUCGAUCCCUAAUGCCGACUCUUCUUUUUCAUCCAAUUCUCUUCAUAGGGAGAUGUGAUGAGAAGCACAUGAGUGCCAGGAUAAAUCUGCCAUUCUCGGGUCAAGAAUCCUAGUUAGUUGCAAAAUUGAAAGUGCUUCAAACUGUUUUUUUUUGUUUUUUUGUGCCUUCUUUUGGAUCAACAGAAAAAAAACAGAUGUGAGGGAGGCUGAACUUGAUGUACACAUGUCUCUUUUCAGGCUAUGUAAGUGUCCAGUAUUGCUCUCCUCCACUGAAAAUGGAGAUUGGCUGUGAGAACUAAAUUUGAUUCUGACACCGAAAGUGGCCUCUGUGCCUUUAGUUGUCCUUUAAUUAUAUCAUUUUGGAGCAUAUAUGCUGCCCCGGAAGAUCUGUAAAUUUAAACAUUUUGCAAUUGUCAUGUUAGGCAGUCAAAGCAUGUCCAACACCACUGGAAAUACAAAAAUAAAAAUAAAAAUUAACAAGCUUCAUGAAUAUAUCAUGGCAUGCAUGCAUUCAUGUGUCAUUCUUGGAAGUGCCGCAGUUGCAAAUGACAGAAAAUAAGCAAACAACUCUAUGUAGCAAUCAUUUUUCUGGAGGAAAACGUUUACAAGGCGUUAUCUGCAUGAUGUGUGAGCCCAGCCUGAUAGUUCAAUAUUUAUUCUAACUCUUCAGAUCUUUUUCACUGAAUAUCCAGGUUUUUCUUUUAUGUGGUAGGACUAUCCUAUUUGUCUGACUUUAUGAGAGUCUCUACUUUUUCUUUAUUGAGUAAGGCUGUUGAAUUUGGACCUCUCUCCUUACCCUUGAUUGCUCAUGUAAACUGCAAAUUUCUCCUUGCUAAAGUAUCAUGCUGAUGUCACUGUAUUUGUCAAUGUAUUUGAAAUCCGCAUGUACUCCAAAUGAUGUGAAAUGGGGCCUUUGGUUAGGUACUGUCUUAGUAUACCUUCAAACAGCUGAUCUACUGCCACAUCCUCUUUUAAUAAAUCAUACAAGAUGAACAAACCUUCAAUAUAGUUAAUAUUUUUCUUUAACAAUAAAUGCAUUUAUCAUUUAAAAAAAUGUUUAUAUUAAAACAAGCCACGUAUACACGGUGAGAGGGGUGCUUCAGCCAGGUGCACACCAUGAUUACUGGGACCCGGGGUUACUCACAAUACUGUAUAACUAGCCAACCCGCGCACUGCUGACUCAGCCCUACAGGCGUUGCUGCGGGAGCCGUCCUCGGGGGGAGGGGGUUUGUCGCUCAGGCUGGGCCUCGCCGCUGGGGCCUUCCCAAACUGUAAUGAACUUUCAGGGAGCAUGCGGGGGGGGCAGCAGCGUGCCACCGGACGGGAAACAACGGAAAACAUCUGAUGAAGGUGGACCCAGGGACACGAUACCUGGGAAGGUUCAGGUACUGGGAUCGGUACUUAUGGGGAGAUAUCAACACUACGGAGGCAUAAGGGGGGAACCAGAUUGGUUGAGGUGACUGGGGAGGGGAAAGCGCUACUGGGUCCUGGAAGAGGGUAUAGGCACCACCACCUCGCCACCUAUGCACUAUAAGCCAGAUCUGCAGGGCACUCCGGGAGACUCAAAGAGGUAUGGGGGUGUAUAAAGGAGGAUAAAGGUGUAGAGGGACUGUCAGGCAAACUCUAGUUCCCCAAACGUUAGGGCACACGAGACGCCAUAACCAACAGCCAAGGCCAGACACACUUAAAGCCAUGUCAAUGUGUUUGUACUGUUACUUUUAACUGUUUUUUUGUUAACCUAUUGCGAUAGCUAAUGAGUAGGAACUGUUUACCCAUGUAGGCCCUAUGGCCGCAUUAGUAGAUGGUGAAGAUUGCAACACACAAUCAUAUUUUGAUUUAUUAAAGCCGAACAGGGGCACCGCGAAUUAGUGACGGUUCAUUCGCAGGUCGACAGGUUUGAGCGGCGCGCACUGAACACAACCGCAGGCUGCACGGAGGAAACACCCCACAGGAAACAGCGUCUACAGGAAGGUGAGCGAGGUGCACAGGCCACGGGUGGCACUGUGCGUAUCCGGUCCCCGACGUGUAUUCCUAGUAGUCACAUCUGCGUGACGAACCCCACCGAAAUACCCACACAUCUCUUCUCUCUUAGGCACUUCUACAUUCAUAUACCCCACCCCUCUUUUUCUCAUCCUACCCCGCUCUUCCCCUACACCCUGCCAUAACGGCCCUACCAUACCCCCACUGCCUAAAACAGUUAGGGACUCCUACAGACAUACCUUGCAAUCAACACAGUUAAGAUACGAUGGCACUGUCACCGGCCCAUCUUACUAUCCUCACCAUAAACGCCCAGGGGCUCAAUAAGCCAGAGAACUGCUCCAGGGCGCUGAUGGACUUCCACACCAAAAGGGCUUCAAUAGUCAUGGAAACACACUUUAGAGAGGGGGACAGACCCAAGCUGACCAACCAUCACUUCCCAAAGGGUUACUACAGCGAUUACCACGGGGGGGCAAUCCAGGCGAACAGCAAUAUUGCUCAGCAAGAAAAUAGUUUCAGGAGGAGGGCUGCAGGUACCUGUUCUUAAAGGGGUUGAUCGUGGGGCAGACGUACACUUUCGAAAACAUAUACACCCCUAACCGAAAACAAUUUAGAUUCCUUUCACAAACUCUGCGUAGGCUCCAAACCUUUGCAGAAGGGGGUGAAUUCAACAUAGCACUGGACCCCAAAUGGGACUGCUCCACGGGCACCUCUCAUACUCCCACCCAACACCUGUGCACCAUCAAAUCCCUCCUGAGGUGACAAUGCCCAAUGGACUGUUGGAGAGCCCACCACCCGGACAAGAAGGACUACACCUUCUCCCACCCACACAAUUCCUACACUUGACUAGACCAUUUCUACGCGACGCACUAUACUCUCCCCUUAGUGGUAGACGCAAUGCACGGAGUGGCGACAUGGUCGGACCAUGCCCUGGUGGUGAUAACCCUUAUAUCACCCUUUUUCCGACACACAACAUUUAAGUGGGGGCUCAACGACUACCUCUUAUCCCGACCAGACCUGAUCAUGCGUAUAGGGGAUCACAACCGGGGAUGUUCACCAUAAGGUAGCUGCGUAUGAAGACGACAUCCCUUUCUUUGUGUCCACACCAGAAAUCACACUACCCAAAAUUUUAAAGGUCUUUAGGGAAUUCGGUGAUAUUUCCAACUUCAAGAUCAAUUUCUCUAAACCCUAUAUCAUGAACGUCACGACACCAAGCAAUCGUGCUUACCCCCUACACCGUAGCUUCCCGCUCCAGUGGUCCGACCACAAAAUUCGAUACCUGGGCACAUGGUUGACUAAACGAAGUGGGGAUCUAUUUAAGGAAAACCUUACCCCUUUGCUGGAGAUAUUCAAACGAGAUGAGGGAUUGGGCCUAACCACACAUAUUGUGGUUGGGGAGGGUCCAGGUUAUAAAAAUGAACUUUCUCCUGCGCCUCUAUUUGUUACAAGCUAUCCCCAUCCUGAUCCCAAGCCCCUCUUCAACUCCUUUCAAUCCACUAUGGGUUGGUACAUCUGAAACGGGAACAGACCAAGGAUGCAAAUCUCCACACUCAUGCUGCCCAAAGAGAGGGGAGGCCUGGCAUUGCCGAACUUCUACCUUUACUAUGUGGCCACCAACCUACAAAGGGUGAUGGAGUGGAUGAAAACAAAGGUCCUCAAACUAUGGAAGGUGGUGGAGGACGGGCCCCAUUGCCCGGUCUGAACCCUGCCCGGUCUGAACCCUGCCCUGUGGCCCAAGAGACCCUGAGGGAUGCAAGCUAUCCCCAUACAUGAGACACACUCUGAAAGUGUGGCGAGGGGCCUCCAGAACACACAGCCUGGCGCCCUAUCCCUCCCCUCUGCUCCCACUGACGCACAAUGAGGACUUGCCACCAGGACUAGACCCGAACAAGUUCCAGGACAUCAUACCGACUCCCUCCCCACGCCUCUAUCACAUACUCACUCAAAACAGAUGUAAGACGCUAUCGGACCUGUUAGGUGAGGACACACCUACCUUCAUACAUCACUUCAAGCACGCGCAACUAGUUAACUUUAACACACUACCCAAAGGAAGCGCACUCACACGAGAUCACACCACAUUCGAAACAUGCAUACACCCAGACCACCAGGCACACAGGAUCUCCUACCUGUACUCGAUUUUGCAGGAGGAGACCCCCUGGAAAAACCUCUCUUCUUGGCUACUAACCACAGCUAAGGAAGGCUUAAACUCAGAUACCAUCAGGACGAAUAGGAUUGAAAGACAGUACCCACAAUGUGAGCUCCCCUCCCCCACCUGCCCCUCUCCACUCGUGGAGUACCAGACGCCCCUCCCUCCACACCUCCAAUAGUCCAAAACUCCCCCUCACAUCCCUUUUCUUCUCUCCCCACCCUCAGUUAAACCCAGUCCCUAAAUGGUUUUUAGGGAUGAUAUCCCGACCUACCCCGAAUUUAGGAGGAUACCUCUCCCUGCAAUGAGAACCUCACACAAGACCAUCCAGAAGUGCCUCUCACACAAGACCAUACAGAAGCGGCUGGAGGCCAAAACCUCAUCCAAUCAAGCGUAUCCAGCACUUCUACUCGAGACACACUAUACAUGCCUACCUGACAAGACGAGGUUAUAUGACAACUUAGAGGUAUCGCACCACAGAGGGGACGCAGGGCAAGAGGGGGGGCUUACCCGAUUAAGGCUGACGUAAGUUUGUGACAUGGCCCUGGAUAGGAAACGAGACCUGCAGGUCAGUCCGCAAAUCACUACCUUCUUAGGUGACCCGCGACCUGCGAGUCUUACUGUUAGGAAACUAAUUGAUCCAGUACGUAGGGUUGUCACACUAAGGACUAAUUGGUAACGUAUUACCAGGCCUUAGAAUGGCCGGACUUAACGCACCAAAGAAUAGUCAGUAUACUUGCCGAGGUCAGGGGACACAGAAUGAGACACAACAAUAAGGGAGAGCCAGAAGUCAGGGAUACCAGAAUGCAGGGAAGUCAAUGAAGCCAAAAUCAAAAACCAAAAUAUAAACCCUCAGAAACACACUCUCUGACAACCACUAGGGAAACCACGACAGGGCAAUGAGGAAAAGUAAAUUUGAGUUUAAAGAAGUGCUUUAUAGUUAUGAUUGGCCGAAAACGACCUUUAACCCCAAAACGUUGCACGCGUCUCACGCUUGGCGUCAUGCGAACACGGCGACGUUAACGUGAGCGGACAUGGGGGUAGAAUUUGGCGUGGAUCCGCAGUGGCUGGUGUCCUUCAACAUGCUGCAAGAGUCAGUUAUACAGACGCAUGGCCGCUGGGCGCAGAUCCUACAAGGUGAGGAGGAAUGUGUUACACUUACCAGGCGAAAUAAUAUCUCAAAUGCUUCAUGAGACCUGUGAGACAUAGUGUUGUACAUUUUGAUAUGUCUUUACAUCAUGAUUGAGGCCUGCGUGCCAAAAAGCCAUCCACUACAACAAGGACCUGCAAGUCUGCACUGUGCUGAUUCAUAAUUUUCCUUUUGUUAAUCCUAUCAGAGACCUGCGUGUCUCUUGGUUUUUGCCACAUGCUUGACAUGUGAUCAAUGACUUGAAUCGAAAAUAAUAAAAAGUAUAUUUACAAAAAUAUACAAAAACAAGCCACGUAUGCCAUCAAAUUUCCAUAACCAUGUUAAAAAACAAAACAAAAGUAGAAAUGUUCAAUUAUUUGUGGUAUACUGGCAGCACCUUUACAUACGGUUGGCAUAACAGUCAAAACCAGCAGAAAAUUCAGUCCAUAAGAUAGAAAACUACCUUUUACCUAUACAUUUGCUUUCAGUUUGGAUGGCACAAUGUGUAGAUUAUAUUGUACGGUCUUUUGAGUGGCACCAAGUCAUACCAAGUACAAGUGCAGUUUAAAAAGGGCCUGACAAAUUUGAAAUCUAGGAGCCAGCUAAAAAAAAGUUAGCGUCAGAGGUUUCAAAACUAGCGAAGUUUAAUUUCUGAGAAAUAUUCAAUUCUUAAAGGGACACUAGUCACCAGAACCACUACAGCUUAAUGUAGUUGUUCUGGUGCCUGUAGCCUUUUCAAUGUAAACAAUGCCUUUUCAGAGAAGAGACGUGCUCGCAGAUACUGACUGGGAGAGGCGGCGUGCACACCCACAUACUGACGGGGAGAUCCACACACAUUUCCAUUUUAAUUUGAAUCCACCCAGGUUCCCUACAUUUAGGAGAGCUGAGUGGACUUUCCCUGGGGUCCAGUGGGGCUGCUCGCUCAUCCUGCGUGUGAGGGAGCAGUGAUCUUCAUGCGGCUCCUCUCUGCUCCCUGAAGUGAUGCAGAGAGCUGGAACGACGUCAUAUUCCGGCUCCCGACAUAAUUAAACAGUGCAAGUGAGCAGAGGGGAGCCGCUUGAAGAUGCCCUAGCAAUGCUCCCCUGGGCGGCCGCCUGCACACUGCCCCGGCCCGCCAUCCACGCUCCUCAAGGUGACCGGCCGACUCCUUUGUUCCCCCAACCUGCCUUUAGCUAAAGGGCUUUAAAUCCCAGGCGCUAGGGCAAAAUUUCUAGUCGCAGUGGCGACCUGGGAUUUGUCGAGCCGUGGUUUAAAAUGGUAAAAUAAUUUUGCAAAAUACAUUUUGUUUGUAACAUUGUUAAAGACUGUCAACUUUUUCCCCUCCCCCUGUAAGGGGUAAACCCAAAAAAAGGCUUACUACCUUUUAUUCAUGACAUACCCAUGCCAGCCUUUCCAGGGCUGGCCCCCAACUCCAUGUCAGAGAUCAUCAAUACUGAUUCUCAGCCAAUCCAGUGCUUUCCCAUAGCCAAUCCAAUGCUUUCCCAUUUCUCCUAGAGAUGCAUUAAAUCAAUGCAUCUAUGUGGGGAGCAUGCAGCAUCGCCAUGCAGAUGUUAUACACUUGGAAGUGGAUACGCUGAACGUAGGUGCUCCACGCAAUGCAGAACUGAGAAGUGGGCACGGCAAGGGAACAGGAGCAGCACUUGUAACCCAGGUUUAUUCAACGUGUGAAUUGUUAAUUUUUGUUUGUAUAUGUUUUAAUUUCUCACAUUAACUGUUUACACAAAAUUUCUUCCGGUUUCUCCAUAAUAUAAUUUAUAUUUUGGUUGGAAGUUGCACCGAGGCAAGGUAGAAGAUGGAAGAGUGGGUGCUAGGCCUAUAUAUAUAUAUAUAUAUCUAUAUCUAUAUCUAUAUCUAUAGAUAUCUCUAUAUAUAUAUAUAUAGAUAUCUCUAUAUAUAUAGAUAUCUCUAUAUAUAUAGAUAUCUCUAUAUAUAUAGAUAUCUCUAUAUAUAUAGAUAUCUCUAUAUAUAUAUAUAGAUAUCUCUAUAUAUAUAUAUAUAGAUAUCUCUAUAAAUAUUUAUCUAUAUAAAAAUCUAUCUAUUGGGCCCAGCACCCACUUUUCCAUCUUGUUCUUUGCCUCGGUGCAACUUCCAACCAAAAUAUUAAUCUCCAAAGAACUGCACUCCAGAUAAGAUUGUAAUAGGUUUCAAUACAAUAUUCUUUAUUGUGUCCACAUAAGUCAAUGUUUCAGUCCUUGUAUCAGAUUGACUUGUGUGAUUGGACUCCAGCUGUAGUGGUUCUGGUGACUAUAGUGUCCAUGUAAUGUUGCUAAUAGGUCUAAAAGAUUGCUGUCUUAUUGUUCUCGCAGCCACAGACCACAGAAAAUUUCUGCAUAGUGCCAUCUGCACUUGGUCAUAAAUCUGCCAUUUUCAACUCCCAACCCUGUUAUUCAGGUUGUCAUCAGCUUCUCAAGUAUUUAUUCAUUAAAAAGAGGUCGUAGCAGAUGCUCAAGCCAGAAUAAGAACAACCAGCUCAUCACAUCAACAGCAGUCUAGAAUUCCUUCAAAAACCAUGCACUGUUUUUAGCUGGGAGGAGUUAUUUUUUGUUUGUUUUUUUGCCUACAAGAAGAGUCCAGUUUCUGGACAUAAUUCUGGAUACAAUUUAUCAGAAGAUAUGACCUGUAGAAAAACACAUAAAGAUAAAACUGAGUCUAUAUCAUCUUAAUUUAUUUCCAUUUUGCUCCAUAAAAAUGGACAUGAAACCUUUGGGCUUUUUGACUGGUUUGUACAAAAGCAGGCAGAUAUUCUUCUAAAAAGUCAAUAGUUUUAAAUAUGCUAGUUAGCACAGAUCCAUCAGAGUGGUUGGGACAUCCAGAAUGUUUUCAUGGUCCAUGAUUCUGGACCUCAGAGUAUCUAACCUGGUGAGAUUUAGAAGUUGUGCAGUAAGAACAUUUGAAAGAUAUCUUUAAAGGGACACUAUAGGCACCCAGACCACUUCAGCUCAUUGAAGUAGUCUGGGCACAGUGAUCCUGUCCCCUUAACCCAGCAAUAGUAAUUAUUGCAAUGACUGAUAAACUGCAAUAAUUUCCUUGCAGGGUUAAGAAAACUUUGUAUUCCUAGCACUAUAGUAUAUCUUUAAGGAAAAUAGGUUAAUGUUCAGUUGGGCAAUAUGACAGUGGGGCCUGUUUAAGUAGGCAUGGAGGAAUAAGAUCUCUAAAACCAGACAGACCUUUUUGCCUAAAUCAUGUGUCUGGCAGAGCUUCCUCUUAAAUUAGAGGUGACUGUGUUUGUUCCUGCUUUCAAAACCAGAGUCAUAUCUUCAAAGAGUAACUGUCUAGAUUUUUGUUUUUGUAUUGAACUCAGAAUAUUUUUAGGAAAGCUGACCAUUCGUUGCAUACCAUGGUCAUUGGAAAGGAUCUGUGGCAGCUAUUGUAAAGUGGAUCCUUUAAAAGCAUGCUCUAUAGCUUAUAUUGCUUCAGGUCAUCCGAUUUGAGUUUGAAACACAUUCUACAAGGACAAAGUCCACUUCUUGGGGUGGUAGAUUGACAACCCGUGAAUAGAUUUGUAAGUCUGCCACGUUGUCUUCAGUCCAGUUAUUUAACAGUCUCUACGUGAUGGAAUCACCAGAUCCCCAGACAAUGCAAUCCACUGGUGUAAGAUUUAGAUUUGGUUAUGAAUACCUGAUUCAUGCUUGAAAUGUCCUUGUUAAAUGGGUUCGCUGUGUCUCAGAGGAGAGUACAUAUGGAAAAACUAUGGUUUUACUUACCGUUAAAAAAUAUUUUCCUGUAGAAUGUUGCAGAUCGCCAGUGUAUUCACUAUGCCAAGUUCAGCUCAUAUAAAGCAUUCCAUAUGUCUUGACUGCAAAAUAAUUUAGUAGUUUAAUGUUGUUAAUGUGUAGGAUGUUGUUUAAUGGUUUAUAAAUGUGCUUCAUGUUGUAUUUUUCUCUUUGCAUUAAAUAAUAUAUAAUUGUGAAUACAACCUAAAUAACCGUGUUUUGUUUUCCUUAUUCAGUAAGGUGUGACCUACAAAUACAAGCUGCAUUGGUCCUUAACGUGCCAUCAGUGAGUGAUCUCCUGCCAGCUGUUGAAUUCAUUGACGUUUUGGACAUGAGUACAGUGACUGUUUUAAAAAUAUAUGCCAUAAAAAGGUACGUAUGUUAACUUUAUUGGUGCUUGAACCUUCUGAAUACAUUUUAUUUUGUAAUUUUUUUUUUUGUUUUUAACAUUCUGUGUUUAUUGUAUUUUUCACCUUCUAUAUAGAGUUUUACAGAGAAGAGACAGUUGUUAUACAAGCCAUCAUAUACAUUGUAUAUGUCGUGUCCAUUUGUGUGCUGUGCAUAGCAGGUUUCUUUCUAAGUUUCCUUUUGUUGGGGUUUUGGCGCAGUUAUGUUUUGUGCCGGUUCUGUCCGUCUGUUUAUUGGCUCAGGUAGUGUGUUGGAAGGUGCAUUGUAUAAAAACUGUAAAAAACAGUAAAACAGUGUGACAUGAGUACCAUGUGUGCUGACAUAUAAGUACCAAACAUAAAACUUUGUAACCAUUGGUCUUGGAUGUUAGGUGGUAUUUAUUUUAAAACCAAGUUUGUAACAUAACCAAAGGAUAUUGGAUGUAUUUUUCUAAAAUUAAGUUUACUCCUAUCACCAUGACCAUUUUGACGUGGUCUAGGCGGUAGGAGUCCGUAUGUGCAGUGUUUCUCAUAUUGAUGUAUACUUUAUUUAUUUAUUGCAAUAUUCUAUUGUUUUAGAAAGAGAUACAAUGAAACGUCCAGGUUGGAAAUACAGAACUCUAAGCAGCAGACUAGUAAGGCAAAUAAACAUAUUGCACUGUAAUGAUUGCCUAAGGCAUCAUGGGGUGGCAGUUGCCCUUUUUUUUUUCCUGCUUCAUUAAUCCGUGUUCACCUUAUUCAAUGCUCACUAGUAUUUACUGGAUUAUGGGAACAACAAGGAUGAAGGUAUAAAGGGGGAAAGGUUAGGAGUGGCAGGUAAUGAAAACAAGAAAGGUGGGGGGGAGGGGAGGGCGCUAAAGUUAUAAAACCAUUUCCGGGGAAUUCAUUUUCCUAUUCUUUUAAAUUCUUUUCCCUUUCUUUAAUUUUUUUUUUUUUUUUCUUUCAGGUUUUCUUUGAGUUAUCAGAAUGAUGAACCAUUCUUUGGAAAACUCCAUUCCAUAUGAAGACUACUUGAGAAUGAAAGCCCAGACAAUACCUCCUCAACGUAUGAAGGAAUUCUUAGACUCGCUUAAUGGAAAGGGAACGGAAGAAAUGCAGCAAUUUGUACAUUCUCCAAUAUCGGUAUAUCAGCAAAGGAAUCAUUAUUUUUAUAUGGACAGCACUGAUGUGGCAGGUUCUUUGUUGGAGCUAGCAAGGCCUAUUGCAUCUCCAUUACAACAUCCUACUGUCAGCCCUGGAGUUCCUCUUGAACAGCAUCACAUUCCCAUGCACCAUGUACAGUUGAGACAGGGACACCACUUAGAUGUUCCAACAAGCCCAUCAAAUAAGAACCUGCAACAUCAGGCAGAGAACCAAUCUAUUACUGAUGGACAAAGUUCUAAUGUUAUUGGUACAUCUAACUCACAGGAUAGAAGAUCUUGCUCAUCUGGAUUAUCUCAGCCUGUGAAAAAACGUAAAUUUGACUUGCCAAUCGAGGAUAGCUAUACUAUUAACCACACGUCUUUGCAGAAUACUCCGGCCACAGUUCUAGCUCUACCUGUUCAGAGCCAGCAACAAACCUAUAUUCCUCUUCGCCAAGAACUGCUAACUGUGGAUAGUAGUCAGUUGUACGGAUUAGUCCCAGCAAGUACAUCGACAGCUGGGCAGUUGCCUAAUGUAGAAUCAUGGGCAAUAUUUUCUGCUCAUGCUACUUGUCCAGAGUCUCAGACUAUUAUGCACACUUCAGUUCCUCAAGACAGCUGUGGCGCUGUACAGAUGGGUGAGAUUCCCAUGAGUGCAAGCAGUAUAAAAUUGGAGGAGAGCAAAGAGGGCUAUGAAGCCAAAAAGAAUAUCUCUGAAAAAUCUGUGCAUACACCUAGUACGUCAGGAUAUCCUAUGCCGUUAAUCAAUAUGAAUGGAAAUAUCCAGAUACCACUGUCUGUGCAAGCUGGGGGAAGAGUCUAUCAAUCCGCUAAAUAUUGGGAUCAACAAGUGCAGGUAUGUGAUAUUUUUUAUUUUGUAAACCUGUUGAAAGGUCAAUAAUGCCUUCAUGUGAAUGCCUUAUGUUUGGUAUAGCACACCAUGACAUAUACACAUGCAUAUGUGUCAUGAGGCUGCAUUUCACAUGUAUUUCCUACAAGAUGUGUGUUUUAGAGAAAGUGAGUCAACACAUCUGCUGUGAAAAAAGAGGUUAAAAAUAUACAAAAAAUAAUCUCAUCUGAUACAAUAGAUCAGGGGUAGGCAACAUAUGGCACGUGUGGUGUUUUUGCACGGCACUCAAGGCUGAUAGGCCAGAGCCUGUUUGGCUCUAUCAGGAGUCCCAGGGAAACUUCAUAUAUGUGCAAAUACGAAAAGGUGGUAAAGGGCAAUCCUCAAUUUAUGCACUGCAGCACGUACAGGAAGAGAUCUGAGAUCCUUUCAUUCCAGCACUUGUGAAUGGGAAUCCACACUGUAGUAGCGCAGCCUUGCAGCUGCUAUUGCAGCUCCUGUCCUUGCCAGUCUGGUCCACACUGGAACCCAGGGAAGCCACCCACACGGCUAGAUAUACACAGAGCUGCAGAAUAACCCUCCCCUCAUACAAAUAAUACAAACAGUCCACACACAAACUCAACACCACUAACAAUCCACAUACAUGCACACAACCCCACAUGCAGGCUCUCACAUACAAUACCCAAAACAGCCCCACACAUACACACACCACCAAACACACUAUGUGACAUUUCCAUCCACACACACAGUUCCACAAGCAGUCCCCAUACACAGCCCACAUUCAUAGGUAUCAUACACAAUAUCACAAACUUCUCAUGAACAUAUACAAUAUAAUAGCUCAUAUACGCACAAAUACAAUGAUACAAAGCAACUGCAGUAUAAAUAACACAAGCAGAAUAUGGCAACAUACACACCUCAAUUUAAAAAAUAGGACUGGCACGCUACGGGACAUCACAAUCCUAUUUCGGCACAGUGCUGCUAAAAGGUUGCCUUCCCCUGCAAUAGAUUCUGGUCAGUGACCAAAAAAUUCUUAAAUUAUGCUAUAAAACACCUUUUUGGGGUAGUAAUGGUAAAUAUGCAUGUCUCUAAAUUGGACUCUAUAGCCACCAAAACAACUUUAGCUUAAUGCAACCGUUUUGGUGUUUAAAUUAUGCCUCUGCAGUCUCACUGCUUAAUUCUCUGCCAUUAAGGAGUUAAAUUACUACGUUUAUGCAGUCCUCUCUGCAUGUGACUUACAUAGCAUUCCUAAACACUUCCUGUAAAGUAAGAUCUAUUGUUUAAAGUUCCUUUGUUGGACAGUCUAAAGUUUUUUUGGUGACUAUAGUGUAACUUUGUAUUACAUUCAGCUUGUUGUAAACUUUAACAUUCAGUUGCCACCUUUCUAGAAUUACUGUUUUGUGACUAGACGUUUUUAUUUUUUAAUUUGUAAAUUGUUGAUUGAUAUUAUAGUUGAAAUGUGUUACUUUGUCUAGUCUCCAGGCAUGCAGUGCUCUCCAUCUGAAUCUCACCUGCGUUUGCAAAAUAAUGCAGAUUUUCCUUGCACUUUAAAGCCAGAUGAAGGAGCUUUAUUUUGGAAGACCUGGGCACAGUUAAAAAAUUCUGAAACGAUGAAAGAAGCUGAAAGCAGGAUACAACAGUUUGGAAGUAUGAUUUUUGCUGUGAUGUAUAAAUGUGUGUUUCACUUGGUUCUCCAUACGUUUAGAUUUUGAUUAAAGGGACACUAUAAUCACCAGAACAACUACGGCCUAUAAUAUUUGUUCUGGUGAGUAUCAUCAGUCCCUGCAGGCCUUUUGCAGUAAACACUCUCUUUUCAGAGAAAAUGCAGUGUUUAUAUUAAGGGCCUGUGAUACCUCCACUGGCGACUCUUCAGAUGGCUACUAGAGGUGCUUCAUGGGGCAGUGCUGCACAUUCAGUGUCUCCACCCUCUGCAUGGAGACACUGAACUGUCAUCAUAGACAUGCAUUGAUUCAAUGCAUUUUUAUGAGGAGAUGCUGAUUGGUCAGGGCUGUAUUUGGCUUGUGCUGGGUCUGCCCCUGAUCUGCCUCCUUGAUAAGCUCAGCCAUUUUCAGCCAAUCCAAUGCUUUCCUAUGGGAAAACAUUGUGAUGGGCUGAGAUCAUAACUUCUGAUGUCAGCCAAGAAGGCAGAUCCAGCACCAGCAGAGUGGUGUGAAAUAAAGGUAAGAUUUUACUGUAUUUAGGGGGGGCAAGGUGGAGCCAGGAAGGGCCAUAGGGGCUAGAUAGUGUUUUUAACAUUAUAGGGUCAGGAAUACAUGUUUGUGUUCCUGGCCAUAUGCUUUUCCUUUAAACAAAUAUAGGUUGGGCAAAAAAAAAACUAGCAGUACAGAAUGGUAUAUACCAAAAUAUUUACAUUUUAGGUGACCCAAUAUACCUUCCAGAUGUACCUCUUCCCACACCAGGCUGUAUUGUUUACUUAAAACAGCUGGUUCCUACCUAAUACCCUAUUUUGGUUUAGAUUAUAAGCUUGCUUGUGGGUCAUGCUUGUAUGUUUAGAAAACCUUUAUGACAUAUAUAAACAGUCCAUUGAAAUUAACAAGAGGGCCAGUAUUUAUUUAUUUUUGUCCUUGCUAGUGUUUUAACAGAAGAUGCAGAUUCUGGAGAGAAUCAGCAAUUAAAGGGGGCUGUUUAAAGUGAACCUCUCAGUAUAAGAGACUGAAGAGACUUUGAACUGGUGGUCCUCCUGCCCUACAAUCAAAGCAAUCCCAGCGCAGUGCUGCUAGUGCUGGCUAUGAAUUAUAGGAAAAAACUGGUAUCACUCAUUUGUUUUUGUGUGUACUUAAUUGGUAUAUGAAGUAUUGAUCUAAUCAGUCUGGUGAUCAUUUUGAAAUGUGUUGCUGACUCUCCAGUUAACAUACAGUGAUUUUCUUUUCCAGGCAGAAAACCCAUUAUAUUUAGGGAAGAUGUUCUAUCUGUGCCAAUAGCAGAAUUAAAUUAUGGAUUGUGCCUAAUGACCAAAGAAGCUAGGAAGCAUGAUGGUUCUCCAUACGAAGCAGACAUGUUGUAUUAUUUAUUUCUUUGUAUGCAGAAGGUAGGAGGCAUAUCUUGUUUUAUUUUACAACAGAAUUUGUUUCCCCCAAUUACUUUUUUUUCUUGGCUACCAUUUUUUAAAUAUAAAUGUGUUAGUUACUGCAUGUUUCUAGAUUUUUCACAUUUUGGUUCAAAGUGAACAGGCCUUAGUUUUGUUUUUAACUAGAUUAAAUAAAGAUACCUAAUGGUAGGCCAAAUAUGUUCAGUGACCCACUUCUCGUAGAAUUGAAGAUAAAGGCAAAUGUUUUCUCUAACCCGUUUUGUAUUUAUUGUUUUUAGUAACUUAUGUUUUCAUGUUAUGGUAUAAGGAGGCCCUUUGCCAACAUAACUGCAGCUCUGUGACCUUAUAGGAGCAAGCUAUUGGUGGUGGUAGAAUGUGUGUGGGGGGGUAAACAUUCCCUUAAGUGCAACACAAUUGACUGCCUAUGUUUUGUUUUUUUAAAUAUAACUUUGUUGCCUUGAUCAGACUUGUGAACUAUAUGUGUUAGCUUGUCAAGAUUUUCCUCCCAGUGUCUCCCAAAUUUGUUUCCUAGUUUCUUUGCAUGUUGCCUUUGGCUGUAUGGCAGCAGCAUGCUGUGUGUGCAGGCAUCAGAUGCCAAUUUUGUACAACAUUUACAUUAACCAGCCAGAAGCUUUGUUCUGAACUAGCUAAUGACUCUGCCAGAGGUGGAGUUACACCAAUGGCAGCUACAGGGUUAAUCUCUGUAUGUGCAGUUUUUUUUAGGAAAUAUGCUGCACAUACAGACUCCAGACAUCAUGACCACUUCAAAUCAAUAAAGUGGUCAAGGUGUUUGGAGUCCUUUUAAUGUGAUUCAUGUAUGUCCAGCUGUCCUAAUAAAAGUCAUGAGACUGGAACAUGUAUCAAACUCUUUUAUUGUAAUGUAUGCAUGUUUUUGUUUUCUGACUUUUUUGAUUUCUAUAUACAUCAUUUUUCUUUUCUUUUUUUUUUUCUUCUCUUUUCCAGCAUAUGUUUGAUAACAACCGUAUUGAUAAUGUUUUUGCCGACCUAUACUAUUCUAAAUUCUUGGGAAAGCUUCAUGAAGUUCUUAAAGGAUGGUGCCCACGUGUAAAUCCGUUUGGUAUGGGGAAAAAAAGAAAAUUUUAAUUUGCAGUUUAAAAUGUUUACACAAAGUUUACUCUUUGAUUUCCUCCCUUUUCAGGUUAUGUAAUUUCAAGCUGCGUUGCGGAGGACAUGUUGUGGGACUGUAAACAGCUUGGUGCUCAUUCGCCAACUACACUCCUUUUUACUUUAAUGUAUUUCAAUACCAAGUAAGUAGACAGAUGUGAUGUAAGCCUUUUAAUUGUUGUACAGAAACAGAUAUAAAUCCAGUUGAUGCUUGUUGGAUUACAAAAGCUGAGGACUGAAUCACUAAAGUUGAGUAGUCCGAUUUACUGUUGUUUAGUUGGGAAAAACAAAAUUUGUAAUCAUUCUUAGUUCACAACUGCCAGUAAAAAUAGACUGCAGAAAUAUAUUUCACCAUGCCAAUCUAACAUAUUGUAGGAAAGUGUAAUCUCAGUGAGGUCUGUUUUCUUGUAGGUAGAUUCACCUUUAGUGGAUAGGAUGCUGAAUGCAUAACUUCAUCUCUAGGCUAUGGAGUGGGAUCAAAGUGUGUCUCUCAUGGUGCAGCACCAUCAGACUGUGUUAAUUUCUCAAAUGAUUAGGAAAAUGUAUUUAAACUGCCUGUAUAUGGGCCAUUUGUGCUGGUCUGCUCUGAAAAUGGACCACAUGUCCCUUUGAGACCCUGCAACUGCUUCCUGUGGCGUGUAGUCUCGGUAAACUGGCACUCAUCACAUUGUGGUUGCUUUUGAAAAUAGUGGGAAAUCAGUUUCCUGAUAAAUUUGAAAACUCCCUUUAGGCUUAUGCAAUCUGGUAUCUCUUUUGAUUCUAUUGGGGCCAAUUUAACAGAUCGCUUCACCUGUCAGGUGUGUAGUUGGUGAAUAGCUGAUUAUAAUUUGGCCGUAGUAGUUUUGGUUAUAAGUCCACCUUACUUCUUUUCUCCAAACGAAGCAGCAAAAAAAAGAGGUUAAUAUACAAAAAAUAAUUUAAUCUGAUACAUAAGUUUCUGGUCAGUGAUCAGAAAAUUCCUAAAUUGCAGUAAAUAAAUGGAAUCUGAUCUACAGUGCACAUAUGUUUUAUUAUUACACUGACAUUUAAUGCAGGGCUCUUCUUUUAUGGAUCUUGUUGACAUUAUUGAGGGUAUCUGACACCAACUCAGAGCCUGCAGCUUCACAUGAAUCAAGUUUACAAGGAGGUUGCUUCUUAGUAGGCUGCUAAGGACUGAAUCACUAAAGUUGAGUAGUCCGAUUUACUAUAAGCAUCAAAACAACUUUAGCUUAAUGCAGCAAUUUUAGUUUAUUGAUCAUGCCCCUGCAGUCUCACUGCUCAAAUCUGCCAUUAGGGCAUUACAUAACUUUUGUUUCUGUUUAUGAAGUCCUAGCCACACCUCCCCUGACUGUGACUCUCACAACUUGCAUGAAAAAAUGGUUUCAUUUUCAGUCAGAAGUUAACUUGCUUUAGACUUUUAUCUCAUUGUCUGUAAAUUGAACUUUAAUAACACACAGAUGAGCCUCCUUCAGAGUCUAGGAUACUAUUAACAGAGCAGAGAUAAUACAUUCUAGAUUAAACCAUGCAAUCAGGAAUAUAAAAUAUCUGUAUUUCUUUUCAGGUCUAGGGUAUAGCUGAAGAUCAGGUAUAUUGUAGAGUUGACUCAUUUUAAAUUAGUUCUUCCUGGAGACAGGUUUUUUUUUUUCACUUGGUGUCCCCAUCGUACCCCAAGCUAAAUGUUCAGUAACCCUGAAUGAUGUAAAACCUUUUUAUGUCUUCAACCUCUGUAUUUUUUAUGUUUAGGUACUUUGUGUUGAAAACUGUCGAGCAGCAUUCACAACUGGCUUUUUCUAAAAUUACAAAGCAAACAAGAAAGAAUCCAGGAAUCGGAAAAGACAAAAACUGUACAAUACGAUUUCUACGACUUUAUGGUCAGGUGCAGAGUGGCUUAAAAGGUAACUUCAAAUCUUUUGAUUGCUUUCACAACUGUCCGGUUACAAUAAUUACAUUUCAAUAGAAUUCUACUUAAUUGUGCUAGGCAAAAUACGAACAACUACACAAAAAUAAGUCCCACUACUUCUGGGCCUCAGCAAGUUACACAUCAGUCCCAAUACAUAAAAAACAAGCAAAGAAAAAAGGUUACCUGCACACUAGCCUAAAUCCAUAUGCAUAUUUAAAUAAAUGGAGGUUAUUUAGUUACUCCAAUGACCAUUAGAUGCAAGGUCACGUGCCACGUCAAGGCAAACCUCUUAGGUGGUUCCUACACUAACAAUUCACCUUGCUUCCUUGAGCUUCAGGCAAAGAAAUCUGAGACAGAGAGAGGUAUUUUUCUAAACCCCUACAUAUAUAUUAACCCUUAAUACUGAACACAUGGGCUGGGUGGCAGCAUUGUAACAUGACUGUGUGAUGCAAAAGUGAAUACAAAUACACAGAAAUAAGUGCUGUGCUCAAAAUUCCACUACUCCUGGGUGGCAGCAACAACCAUGGCACACAUCAGCCACAAUACAUACAAAACAAGCAAAGAAAAAAAGAGCUGCAUAGGGAUAUGAGCUAGUGCGCAGGUAACUUUUUUUCUUUGCUUAAAUCACUAGCAACACCAAGUAGGGCAUUUUUGUCCAGUGGUUAAUUAAGUUUAAGUGGUCCAAUAACUUUAAAAAAAAAGUCUUUACUAGUACCAUAUAUAUCUAAUUUAGACAUAACAUUACAAAAACAUAUUGGUCGUGUUUGGAGCGGCCUAUAAGAAGUGAUCUAUUUAAAAGGGGUUGGAUCAGUCUUCUUGAUUUCUAAUGAAUUGCCCAUUGAGUUAAUUUAGACAUUAAUCCCAUUUUUCUUUGGACUGGGGAUUCAAUUUAUUUUUAUUAAUUUAUCUUUUAAUUUUUUUUUUUUUUUUAUUUGUUUUUUUUUAAAAUAUGAUUUGUUCUUUUAUCUGAGUCCAAAUAGGAAUCAUUGUUGACUUCCAGUUGGUUGCUAUUAAUAAUUGUGCUUCUACUAUUACUUGUAUAAUAAACGCUCUUGAGUGAGCAUGUGUACUGUGUGGCCGUUGCACUCAAAACGACUGAGCGAGUAGAGCAACGAAUCUGUAUCAAAUUGUUGGUUACGCUUGAACAUUCCUCUGCAGAAACUCUUCAGAUUAUUACAGAAUCUCACAAUAUCCCCUAAACCAGCUUCCAUUCAUUUUUUUUUUUUUUUAAUGUUUAAGUCCUUCCAUGUUAUAACUCAAAACUUCAAUUUAUAAAAUGGGGAUUACUUUAUUAAGUUUAUUUUCUUAUUGAAGUUGACCCAGAAGAAACUCAAGAUAUCUUAAAACUUCUACUGUUUAUAAUAUUUCCCAUCUUAUUCUGUCCCUUCUGUUUGCCAAUAUAAUGGAAGAAAAGCCUUAUUUUUUUUUUUCAUUCUCGUUUAAUUUUAUAUUAACCUUUCUUAAUUACUAAAACAAUUUUGUGUAUGUAUAGCAUGCAUAUAUGCAUGCUGGCAUUAUAGUAAUCUUUUGUAAUGGCAAAUCCUAAUUCUCCUUUAGAGGCCUUAAGAGAUAAUUUAGAGUUAAUCCUGGGCCUUUUUCACAACUAGGGCCAGAUUAAUAGCCCAGUGGGCCUGGUGCUGACAAUUAUGAGGGGCCCAAGUACAGAAUCUUAUCAACCAAAAACACUAAAACCUCUCGAACCCUAGAGCCUGGGCAGAACUCACAACUGAAGCUGCAGAGGCUAUUGAUUUGCAAGAAACGCUGAAAUCUCAAAUACAAGUUUUCUUUAAAUUUUUUUAACUUUAAUGGCAGUAAAAUUGGUAGGCUGCCACAUGAAUGUCCCUUUUAAAGAUGAGAGAAAGUUCCCACUUUCUAAAUACAUUUUUUUCUACUGUUUUUUUCCAACUCUGGAUCAUCAUCAGUAUAUUAAAAUGGAUGUUACAUACAUGCUGUAAAUAUUUUGAAACCUUUAAAUGUAGAUUUGUGAAAAUUAUGAAACCUGUUUUUAUUGAACACCUUUCCUGGAAGUCAAGCAUGUUAGUUUGUAGAUUUGAGAAAAUGUGCUUCAUACUUAUUGGGGCCUACCUUAAAUGUUGGUAUGUCACUGGAUGCUUACAAUACGGAUUGCUAGAUCUGUUAAAAAUAAAUAUGCCACUUAAUGCUAACAAAUAGGUAUUUUUAAAAUCUAAUUUUAUUUAGAAAUUUACCAGUAGCUGCUGCAUUUCCCACCCUAGUCUUAUAUAGUCUCAAGCGUUAUGUAUCUGGUGGCGAUGUUGCCGGAAGGAGACUCAUAGGAUGCAGCAAUAAAAAAAAAAAAAAAAAAAACACUCAGAUUCUCUUAAAAUAUGCUAAUCUCUCUCUAAUUCAUGCUUUCAUCUUUCAAGUAACUGACGUGGAUCAUGUAACCAGAACUUCCGAAAUGCUUGUGCAUGUCAGGCUGCCUGCCAGUCAUGCAUGCUGGCCAACAGCAUCCUGAGCUUGGCAUAAAUGCGUCUGAUGAGCUCGCUCCAUGCUUUCUAAGCACUGUGCCCUAGCACUCACAUGUCCACUUGUCUCCUUACCUUCUUACUAGCAGGCAGACGCUCCUGGUAUACAUUCUGAGACUGAGAAAACGUGGAUGUAGUGAGUGUAGAAGAAAGGGAACAUGCCUUGGUGUUAGAGAGACCAAAGUCAGCAUUACCUUAACUAAUUUCAUUUCAGCUAGUCCACACAAGUUUUGUUUCCAUAUAUCUCUUAAGUUUCCAUACUUAAGCAAGAGUAUGUGAAGAGUAGUUAGGGUUGCCACCUUUCUAGGAAAAAAAAUACAGUCCUUACUAAUUUGCUUAACUAAUUAUGUAUGUGUGACAUCACAUGAUGUAAAUCACAAGGAGUGACAGAGAAAAUUCUAUGAAAUUACCAAAAAACUACUUACUGUACAUACUCGAGUAUAAGAUGAGUUUUUCGUCACAUUUUUUGUGCUGAAAAACCCCCACUCGUCUUAUACUCGAGUCACUGUCUGUAUUAUGGCAACUUACAUUGCCAUAAUACAGACCAGGACCGCCGGGCUCAUUACAAGCCCGGCGGUCCUGUUGGGGGCUGGCAGAGAGCUGUAACUUACCUUUCCUGCAGCUCUUGUUAGCUCCCUUCACCUCCGUGCUGGUCAGCUCCCAUGUAAGUCUCGCGAGAGCCGCAAGGUCAGAGCCCAUGGCAACGCUCUGCGCGGCACUCAGACCGCGAGACUUACAGGCGAGCUGGCCGGCACAGAGGAGAAGGGAGCUGACAGGAGCUGCAGGAAAGGUAAGUUACAGCUUGCUGCCAGCCCCCCUCCUGCCUAAUACACACCACUGGACCACCAGGGAAUGAGAGCCCCGCUCUCUGGCCAGCUAACAAGCAGGGAGGGGGGACGAAAAUAAAUAAAGAUUUAAAUAAUAUUAAAAUAAAAUAAAUAUGAAUAAAUAAAAAAAAAAAAAAAAAAAAUAUAUAUAUAUAUAUAUAUAUAUAUAUAUAUAUAUAUAUAUAUAUAUAUAUAUAUAUAUAUAUAUAGGCAAAUAGAAUGGCUGCACUCUCGGAUUUCCAUACGUUUUCCCAGUUUUUGGGGGGGUAAAAUUAGGGGUCUCGACUUAUAUUCGGGUCGACUUAUACUCCAGUAUAUACGGUAGUUUGAUUCUGCUGUAUAGAUGGAUUGCUCCCAGUUUCUCCAUGUCACCCAGUGUUCCCUAGUGUCUGUUUCCCCAUGGCUCCCAGUGUCCCCAUGCCACUUGGAACACUGAGACACUUAGGGACAUUGUGUCCCUAGUGUCUGUCCUCAUGUCUCCCAGUGACCCCAAGUGUCUGUGUCCCCAAGUCUCCCAGCAUCCCCUAGUGUCUGUUUCACAGUGUCGCCAAGUGUCUUAGCGUCCCCAGAGGUCUCCCUAUGUUUGUGUCCCCAUGUCUCCUUGUAGCCUUUACCCCAUCCCUGACUUCAUCUCUCACUUCCCUGAGCUGUAGGCUGUCUCUGCAGGCUGUAAGCUGCUGUUUGAACUCUGUGCUGUGUAAAUGCUCCCCGCCGAUCAAGGAGUAGAGAGAUGCAGGUAUAUGCUGUAACUUCCUAUCCCUGCGCCUCUCCACACACACAGCGACCCCUACUGGCUGGUAGUGUUAUUGCAGAGUAUUCUCUGUUUAUAAUGAGAAAAUUAUGAGCAUUUGUAUUGCUGGUAUUACUGUAAUAUCGGCACCAGCUGUCUUAUGGUUAUUUCUAAUGGUUCCAAAGCCAUUAAAUAUAAAAGUGGAGAAAGUAGACAACCUUGCCUGGUUCCGUUGCUCAGUUUGAACCACUCAGGAAUUAAAUUACUAACUUCUACCUUUGCCCAAAGGCCUGAGUACAACACCAUAAUUGCAUCCAAUAUUCUACCAUUUAACCCAAAGGCUUGUAGGACCUGACAAAAGUCAUUUUACCGUUUUCAGAGGAUAGUCCCUAUUAGAUACCCUGAAUCCAGAUUAUUAAUAAUCUUGUAUUAUUAGUAGCCAUCCUAUCUGGUAUGAAUUCAGCCAGAUCUAAAUUAAUGAUUUUAUAGAUUAAAAAAAAUAAAAUUAUUUUUUUAAAUUGGUUACUGAAAAAGUCUUCUAACGCUCUUAAUUGGUGAUUUAUUAUGAGCAUACAAAUUUGCUAGAGUAUAAAUAUUGAUUUGACAAAUUAAAAUCAUAUGUUUUCCAUCUGCAUUUACAAUCUGUUUUAUUUAACUGAAAGGAGAUUAGAGAAUAAUAUACCGUAUAUACUCGUGUAUAAGUCGAUCUCAUGUAUAAGUCGAGUGCAGUUUUGUGACCAACAAUUGUGAAAUAUGCUAUGCCUCAUGGAUAAGUCGAGGGUAAAACUUGGGGCUAUGAAAUUCUGUGAUUUUUAUAAUUAUAUACACACACACACACUCUGCAUUAUAUACACACACACACUCAUACAAACACACUCUGCAUUAUAUACACACACUCUGUGUAUAUAAUGCAGAGUGUGUAUAUAAUGUAGAAUGUGUGUGUGUGUGAACUGGGUGGGGGGAGUGCAUUUUUAUUUAAUUUUUUUUUAUUUCAAUAUUAUUAUUUUUUUAUUAUUUUAAUUUUUUUUUGUCCCCCCCCCUCCCUGCUUGUUAACUGGUCAGGGAGGGGGGCUAUCUUAAUCCCUGGUUGUCCAGUGGCAUGGGCUGUGAAGUGGGGGGGCCGGCAGGAAGCAUUUACUUACCUUUCCUGCAGCUCCUGUCAGCUCCCUUCUCCUCCGUUCCGGUCAGCUCCACUAUAAGUCUCGCGGUCUGGUUGCCACGCGGAUCGUUGCCAUGGCUCUGACGGCCGCGGCUCUCUAAGUUGCCAUAAUACAGACAGUGACUCGAGUAUAAGCCGAGUGGGGGUUUUUAAGCACAAAAAAUGUGCUGAAAAACUAGACUUAUACUCGAGUAUAUACUGUAGCCAUUUUUAAAAAAAAUUAGAGGCACAGAAGAACAUACCGAAUAUUCCUUGAUUUUAUUCCAUAUUUUUUCCCUGCUUUCAGUGAGUUUUCUGUACACUGCAUAAAUCAAUAUGCUCUUUCUUUAUAAACUUUAGAAAGCUUGAUCUUUUUUUGUAGGGUAUUUAAACUCUGAGCUUUUAUCCACAAAGCCUACCUCAUCACCGCCAACAUGUGUAUAUAUACAACAGUACAUCACACUUAUACAAUGUACACAGGGAAAUAAAUCCUUCCUAAAUCUGGAAAUAGGAAAUACAUUUUUUCUGUGUAGAUAAUAGUACGUGUUCCCAACUUGCACUGUUACAGUCCAUAAUAAAUGCGGCAGCGAGGCUCAUCUUUCUGUCUGCCCGCACUGCUCACGCCUCACCCUUCUGUCAAUCCCUAUGUUGGCUUCAUGUAAGAUAUAGGGCUCAAUUUAAAAAAAAUGGUUCUUGCUUUCAAAUCUCUACAUAAUUCUGCUCCCACCCAUCUAUCUUUCCUAAUACACAAGUAUGUCCCGUCUAGGCCACCGCGCUCUGCUGAAGACUUACGUCUAUCUUCUGUCCGUACUCCCACCUCUGAUGCCCGCCUUAAAGACUUCUCGAGGGCUGCACUGUUCCUGUGCAACUCACUUCCCUCCUCUGUUAGAGGCUCACCCAGUCUCCACUCCUUCAAAAAAAUAAUUAAAAACCCACUUCUUCAUAAAAGCGUAUCCAUUAAACUGUUAAUAGCUCCCGACUCAGGGCUCGAGUCCUGCAGGAACGCAUGGGAACGGCGUUCCCGCACUUUUUCCACAGCAGGAACGCCGUUCCCGUUACCUGUCCUGCAGGACCGGCCCUGCUACCUGCACAGAGGGGCCAUCACACGCUGUGUUCCCUCUCCAGCUAUAACUCUCGCGAGACCCGCGGCUGUUACCAUGGCAACGCUCCGCACAGGCGAGUCUCGCGAGAGUGAGAGCUGGAGAAGGAACACAGCCUGUGAUGGCCCCUCUGUGCAGCGGCUGCCUCCCUCCAACAUACCACCGGACCACCAGGCGAUCUCCCCCCUCCCUGACAAGGUAAGAAGCAGGGAGGGGGGAAUAAAAUAAAAAAAUAUAAACACAUAAAGUAAGAAAAAAAUGCUUUCCCCCCCACACAUCAUCCAGCACACACACACCCAUCAUCCAGCACACACACACACACACAUCAUCCAGCACACACACACCAUCCAGCCCACACACACACACAUCAUCCACACACACACAUCAUCCAGCCAAGACACACACACACACCAUCCAGCACACACACACACACAUCAUCCAGCGCGCGCACACAUACACACAUCAUCCAGCGCACACACACACACAUCAUCCAGCACACACCCACAUCAUCCAGCACACACGCACACACCCACAUCAUCCAGCACACACGCACACACACACAUCAUCCAGCACUCACACACGCACACACAUCAUCCAGCACUCACACACGCACACACAUCAUCCAGCACUCACACACGCACACACAUCAUCCAGCACUCACACACGCACACACAUCAUCCAGCACUCACACACACUGCAUUCAUUAUACACACUCUUCACUCACUACAAGCACACUACAUUCACUAUACACUCACUACAAACACACUACACUCACUAUACACCCUCUGCAUUCACUAUACACAUUCUGCACUCACUACACACUACAUUCACUAUACACACUCUGCAUUCACUACAAACACACUACAUACACUGCAUUCAUUGUACACACUCUGCACUCACUACAAACACACUAAAUUCAUUAUACACAAUUUGCACUUACUACAAACACACUACAUUCACUAUACACCCUCUGCAUUCACUAUACACAUUCUGCACUCACUACACACUACAUUCACUAUGCACACUCUGCAUUCACUACAAACACACUACAUACACUGCAUUCAUUGUACACACUCUGCACUCACUACAAACACACUACAUUCAUUAUACACACUCUGCACUCACUACAAACACACUACAUUCACUAUACACACUCUGCAUUCAUUAUACACACUCUGCACUCACUACAAAAACACUACAUUCACUAUACACACUGCACUCACUAGAAACACACUACAUUUAUUAUACACACUGCACUCACUACAAAUACACUACAUUUAUUAUACACACUGCACUCACUACAAAUACACUACAUUCAUUAUACACACUCUGCACUCACUAAAAACACUGCAUUCAUUAUACUCACUACAAAUACACUACAAUUAUUAUUCACACAGCACUCACUACAAACACACUACAUUUAUUAUUCAUACUCUGCAUUCACUACAAACACACUACAUUCAUUAUACACACACUGCACUGCACUAUAUGCAUAGGAGUGUAUUUUUUUUUUUUUAAGGGGGGGGGGUUGGAAGCGGGAAUCUUGGGUGAGUUCCCACACUUUUUUCCCCAGGACUUGACCCCUGUCCCGACUGAUUCCUCUCUUGCAACUGUCAAUAGUCUAAUACUAUCCUUACCUUUUUGUGUCACUUUACCCCACUCCCUCUAGCAUGUAAGCUCAUUUAGCAGGGCCCUCAACCUCUCUGUUCCUGUGUGUCCAACUUGUCUGGUUACAACUACAUGUUUGUUCGCCCACCUACUGAGUUUGUUGGCGCUAUAUAAAUAACAUAAUCAUAAUGGUGACCCCCCCAUUGGGUCUCACUUAACAAAUAACAUGCUCUAAAGGGGUUUUUUGUGGAACCUGGAUGGAACAAUCAAUAGGAAGAAAAAAGUCAUACCAUUGUGAAAAGAAACCACCCCAUAUAUUAAUUUGUCUUUUAGGUUAACCCUAUUCCCAUAAUUUAAAGCUCCUAUCAAACAUGUUGCGAACACAUACUAUUUUAGUCAAUGCGUGCAUCCUUUUCCAUAAGUACUACUUGGUGACUUUUAGAUUUCUUCUCCUUUAACCACGUGUUCCAUGCUUGGGGAUCUUUUAAAGAAGCUCCUUUUUUCCUCAAGUCACAUAUAUCCCUAUUGGGAAACCCCAUCCAUAUUUUACAUCUUCGUUUCUGUUCUAAAGUGUUCUGCUGGUUUACUUUUACACUGGAACUAUGAUUAUUACUAAUAUUAAUCUUUUUUUUUUUUUUUUUCAGUUUAAAAAAAAUAAGUAACUUUUAUAAAAGUGCUGUGUUGUAUUUUGUGUGCUCUUUAAAGGGACACUGCCUAAUUUAAGUGGUCUGGGUGCCAUGUCCCUGUUUUAACCCUGCAAGUGAAAACUUUGGCAUUCUCCAGGAACAGUAAUGAUUACAUUGCAGGGUUUAAUGCCUCUAGUGGCUGUCAGAGUGAGCAGACUAUCAGAGGGCAUCUGUUCAAUGAGACAAGUAAACUCUGCUCUUUAAAUCUGAUUGGUGCAGCGCAUAGUUUUAAUGCUUACUUAUGUGGGCAGCUACCCAACUUGUUAGAUUGGCACUAUAAAGUUAGAAAUAUGUUUUGUAUUCCUAAUGCCAUAGUGUUCCUUUACGAUUAACUUUAAUGGACACUCCAGGAGCAUCAUUAGAUGAUAAUUGAAGAUUAGGUUACCGUUAGAUCUAAUGGAUUUUUAAAAAAAUCUUAUCCUUUUUUUUUUUUUUCAUUAUUUAACUUUGUUGUAUAAGCCUGCAGUCCAAUAAUAGAGCAGUGACAGUUCACACUCAGCACUGUUAUGUAUAAUUUUAAGACAGGGCUUGACAAUUUUUGAAUCUAGUAGCCAUCUAAAAAAAGAUUAGGAGCCAAUUUUUUUUAAAACUAGCGAUGUGUGUAUACCUGUGUGUGAGGGAGCAGUGAUCUUCCUGCAGCUCCUCUCUGCUCUCUCGCACUGUCUGCAGUGAUGCCGGGGCAGGAAUGACGUCAUAUUCCUGCUCCCGGCAUUACACAGUGCGAGCGAGCAAAGAGGAGAUGCAGGAUGAUCUGCACCCAUGCCUGCUGCCUCCACGAUCCCCAGGGGGCCGCCUGCAUGCAGCCCAAGACGGCCACAUCCAUGAUCCCUGCCUCCACGCUCCUUAGGGAGACCGGCCGGCUUCAUUGUUCCCACAUCCUGCCUUUAGUUAAAGGGCUUUAAAUCCCAUGCGCCAGGGCAAAAUUUCUAGUCGACCUGGCGUCUGGGAUUUGUCGAACCCUAGAGCCUCCGGAUUACUGGAGUCACCCCCUGCCCUGGGCAGAACUCACAACUGAAGCUGCAGAGGCUAAUGAUUUGCAAGAAACGCUGAAAUCUCAAAUGCAAGUUUUCUUUUAAAAUUUUUAACUUUAAUGGCAGUAAAAUUGGUAGGCUGCCACAUGAAUGAUUUUUAAAGAUGAGAGAAAGUUCCCACUUUCUAAAUACAUUUUUUCUACUGUUUUUUUCCAACUCUGGAUCAUCAUCAGUAUAUUAAAAUGGAUGUUACAUACAUGCUGUAAAUAUUUUGAAACCUUUAAAUGUAGAUUUGUGAAAAUUAUGAAACCUGUUUUUAUUGAAACACUGGAAGUCAAGCAUGUUAGUUUGUAGAUUUGAGAAAAUGUGCUUCAUACUUAUUGGGGCCUACCUUAGAUGUUGGUAUGUCACUGGAUGCUUACAAUACGGAUUGCUAGAUCUGUUAAAAAUAAAUAUGCCACUUAAUGCUAACAAAUAGGUAUAAACAUAUAUUUUGUGUUUUUACAUUGAUGUUUUAGAGUACUUUAUCUUUUGAUUGUUGGCAUCAUUCUCUUUUCUGUGGAUGUUUUAAUCCCAAAUUAUUUGUCUUUGUUUUCUAGUGGCAGAAGAAACUUAUGUAGAGCAGCUGGAAAAUCCAGAUAAUCCAUUGCAAUGUCCCAUUAAGUUGUAUGACUUUUAUCGCUUUAAAUGGUAAGGAGUUUGGCUACUUUAUAUUUUCUGCACUUUUAAAAUUAUUUACAAUAUACAAAUAAAGUUGGUGUAUCAAUGUGCAUUUACAUGGCAUGGCAAAUGAAAAAAUUACUAAUACAAUAACACUGGAAAUGAUUGGUGUCAUGAACGUGGGCUAUUGCCCCACCGAGGCAGUGGUUGCUAGUCCCAGCAACCACUAAAUUAACGUCUGCAAUCCCUUCUACACUAACACCCUAGUACACAAUUUACUGCCACCACCAAGACUUUAUAUCUGGGCGUCUUCGGUUACCCCACACACAGUAGAAUUAUAGGAGCAAGUCCUUACUUUACUGAUCAGACAUAUAUAAUUAACCCUUUUAGUAACAUGUUUACCUGAGCUUUCCUCAGGAGAGUGAGCUCAUAGACAACAAAGACACAAGCUGAUUAAACAUUUAAUCUGACAAAAGGGAUUCACAGUGCUGGGUACAAAAAUACAGAAAUAAAUGACAUACAGAAACACAGAUAACAAAUUGAAAAACAGUCCAUAAAAUAGGAGAAAACACGAGAAAUUCCUUACAUAUAUAUUACCCCUUAUAUAUAAUUCUUUUGGGAGAUUCAGAUGGUACAGGUCUCCAAGUAGCUGUUGAAAAAAGAAAUCUCUCACUGCAUAGACCAACGUUCUCAAUAUAAAACUUAAACUAGUUGUUUCUAAGUGGGCAGACCCCUGGGUGAAUCCAUGGGGUUUGGCCUGGCAGUUUAUUGCCCACUACAUAUUUUCUUAAAUUAUGUUGUCCUUUGAAGAACCCAAAGUCAGAGCAUAUGCAACAAUACCUUUUACGAUGCCCUAUGUCCAGCUCUGAUGAUGGUUAUCUAGUAGUUUUAUGGCUUAGGCCUGGAGUACGAUCAAAGCCUACAAUAAAUGUUAUCCCAACAUGUACAAAAACAACUCAUAACAUAUAUCAAAUGCCAACUCAUGCUUUGGCAUGACAAAUGGUAUAUUCUUGGUUAUUUUAAUAACCUGACCACGUACUGUAACUACACCAAAAAUAAUUCUGCACUCCUGACUCAGCAUGCUAUGCUGUCCUUUUUGGGGCGUGUUCUAGGCCGUCCUUUUUGGGGCGGUCCUAAAUGUCGGCAGGGCUGCAUAGAAUGUCCCGGCUGAUGCCACGCCGGGGGUCUGUCUCGGACCUUGGAUGUGUGUGUGUGUGUAUAUAUAUAUAUAAUCUAAGUACUUUUAUAUACACAUACAUACAUAAUUAAAAAAGUGUAUUUUAAUAUAUAUAUAUUUAUAUAUUAAUAUUAACAUACUCUUAGAAUGACGUUGAUUAUAAAUCAGAAACCUGCACUCCAAAGUGUUGAAAGAAAUUUUGGCCCGGUGAUGGUCUGCAAGAUUAUCCAAACUGCAUGUAUAAGAUGGCACUCAAAGGACUUCAAAGUAAUGUAAAGUAAAACUUUCCUUUUAUUUAGCAAAUGUGCAAACAAUCGACGUUUCAGUUCUAACCAACGUUUCGGUUCUAACUCGAACUUUCUUCAGGAUAUCCUGAGUUAGAACUGAAACGUCGAUUGUUUGCACAGCAUCUGGAAAAGGAAAGUUUUACUUUACCUUAACCCCUUAAGGACCAAACUUCUGGAAUAAAAGGGAAUCAUGACAUGUCACACAUGUCAUGUGUCCUUAAGGGGUUAAAGUCCUUGGAGUGCUAUCUUCUAUAUGCAGUGUGUACAUAUGUAAUAAAAAUAAUCAAUAAAAUGAAGAAAAAAAAUUAAAGAAAAAGAGAAAAAAAAAAUGUAUGUACCAGUUUUAAUUUGUUCUAACUGUAUUUUGAUAUUAAUAUACAUAUAUAUUAAAUUCAAAAUACAGUUAGAAUGACGUUAUAUAUAUAUAUAUGUGUGUGUGUAUAUAUACAAAAUUCUAUAUACAUAUGUAUUUAAAUUCUACAAAUAGUUAUAUAAUAUUUUUACAUAAUGCAGUCAUUUUAUUAAUUACAAUCUGAGAGACCUGCCCGACAACUCAGGCGGAAAGUCCAGAGAAUUUGGCUUGCAAACCCUGUUUUACUCGGGAGACUUCGCUGAACACAAAUAUUUAAAAACAGUAAAACAUAUCACAAUGAUGAUAUUGUCAGUAAAAAUUCAUUUUUUUGCAUUUUACACACACAAACUGUACUUUCACUGACAAUAUAAUUGUUGUGAUACAUUUGACUAUUUGGAAACACUAAUAUUUGUGUUCAGUGAAGUCUCCAGAGUAUAACAGUACCCCCAUGUACAGGUUUUAUGGUGUUUUCAAAAGUUACUGAGUCAAAUAUAAGGCUUGAAUUUCCUUUUUUUUCACAUUGAAAUUUGCCAGAUUGGUUAUGUUGCCUUUGAGACCUUAUGGUAGCCCAGGAAUGAGAAUUACUUCCAUGAUGGCUUACAAUUUGCAAAAGUGGACAACCCAAGGUAUUGCAAAUGAGAUAUGUUCAAUCUUUUUUUAGUAACCACUUAGUCACAAACACUGACCAAACUUUGCAUUCAAUUUAGAUUUUUACAUUUUUCACACAUUACAAAUAUGAAUGCUAACUUUGGCCAGUGUUUGUGACUAAGUGGCUACUAAAAAAGACUGGACAUACCCCAGUUGUAAUACCAUGGGUUGUCUACAUUUGCAAAUGGUAUGCCAUCAUGUGGAUAAUUUUCAUUCCUGGGCUACCAUACAGUCUCAAAGGCAACAUAACCAGUCUGGCAAAUUUCAAUGUGUAUAAACUGAAAAAUGUAAUGUGCUGUAUUUGACCCUGUAACUUUCCAAAACACAAUAAAACCUGUACAUUGGGGGGGGGGGGGUCUGUUUUACUUGUGAGACAUCGCUAAAUAUAAAUGUGUAUUUUAUUGCAGUAACCGCUAACUGUAUUAUGCUAUUCACAGUUAAAAUGCCAUGCACAUCUAAAAAAAUAAAAAAUUUUCUCAAUAUAAAAAAAAUAUAUAUUUUAUUCAUAUUAAAUUAUGUUUAAAAUACAAAUAUUUAAGGUGACAUGAAAGCCCUGUUUCUCCUUCAACAAAAUUAUAAAUAAUUGUGGGUGCACAUAAUAUGAAAGAGGUGAAUUACGCCUGAACAGACAUAUUCAAGGUUUUGUUUGUUUUGUUUUGAUCGCAACUUGUACAACUGCCUUAGUCCUUAAGGGGUUAAAGGAACGCUAUAUUGUCAGGAAUACUUUUAGGUUACCGGUACUGUCCUGCUGGCAUGCCUCCCUGGCUGAGAUUAUUAAUCUUGUUGAUCCCAGGGAAUCCAGUGAUGCCCCAUAAAAAAAGGCAUUGGGAGGCUAGUGUACAUGUGCGACUAUUUGCAGCUCUUGCAGUAGUGUUAGUGAUUUGUCUGAAUAAGUCCUGGUAAUUGCCAAACAAAAUGAUUCUGAAAAUUCGGUUUGUUCAUUAAUGUCCCAAAUCACCAGAAUCCUUUUUCGUGUGUGGAUUAAAUUGGUUUUAAUCCUGAUUAUUAUUUCUGUCAUAAACUUCUAUUCCUGGGAAUUUUAUUUGAGCUUGUAGAAAGUCCAUUGACAUGAAUGAUCAAGGGUUUGGUUUUAAAAAACAAAAAAAUCUUUAUCAGAAUGUUAAUGCAACAGUGACUUGUACAGUCUGGUGAACAAGGGCAAAAAAUACAGGAAGGUGACUGGCAGGCAGGUGUCAGUAGAACUGAUUAGAGGACAAAGAUGGGGCAACAUUUAAACACAAAACAAAAACAAAUAGAAGCAGCAGGAUUGAGUACAUUAGUGGAAAAUAUAAAGUGUAUACAGUACUUUAUUAGUAAUACUAGUAAUUAUGUAACACUAUUUUAGGAUAGCUUUUAUUUUUUAGUAAAAUGACGUAUUAUUUCCUUGAUAUGCCAGGAGUAAUAAUUAUGGGACCUCAAAAGGCAUUGCCUUUACAUGAUUUUAGUUAAACUCACAUCACAUGAAUAUAAUUGAAGAGAAAAGUUUUUUUUUUUUUUUUUUACAUUCUUAAAUGUGUUGAUUUAAUAAAUUGUAAAUCCAUUAAUUAUCUGGCUUUACUUUUUUUUAGUCCUCAGGGUGCCAGAGGCCCCACAGAUGCGUUCUACUUGGUUCCGGAACCAGUGGUCGCCCCGAAUAGCCCGAUUUGGUACUCUGCGCAGCCUGUGAAUGAAGAAGUGAUGGAGCAAAUGUUAACCCGAAUAUUACUGGUUAAAGAGGUCCAGGAAACUCAUGCUAACUCCCGAAUCUCUUCAUAUUAAUCACUUCUCUGUGUUAUAUCAAAAUGUGUUGAUCCAAUUUAUUUGUAAAGCAUGAUUAAAUUGUGUAGAUUAUUUGCUUUACUGUACUUUAUUCCACAGGAAUGUGCUUUGAGAAUACAGAGCACUUCUCACAUUCUAUAUUUGUUUGCCAUGUACAAAAAGCACAUUUACUGCAGAUGUCUGUUUUGAUCUAAUUUAUGCUGACACCAUGUUGAGCACUGCGUACACAGUGCUGAUAUCACCUUUAUGGAGUAAAUUAUCACUCCGAAUCAUUAUAAUUUAGUUACUGUAAAUAUCUAGCUUUCUUUGGCUAUUUUUUCAUAUAAAAAAAAUGCAUAUGAGGUCACUUCUCACCUUAUCUUAUAAUUCAGAAAAAAAAUAUGUACCAUGUGAAAAGAUUGUACAUAUGAAAUAAUUGUUCGUUUGUAACAAGCGCUUAGCAAUUGUAUAAUUUAUUAAUCAGUUUAGUGCAAUGCAGCCAUAAUCAUGUUUUUAAUGAAACAUGCUGAAAUUAUGGAAUCGUACAGUUUUUUCCUUUUAUAUAAGGACGAUGCUUCCAUGAUGACCCUAGUUGCGGAGAAACCGAAUUUGGAAAAAACCAAACAAACCCCUGCUACAAUCUUUGUGAGGAUAACCACAUUGCAUCCUUUAUUUUCUUUUCACUACACUUCGAAAGAUCUCCAAACACUAUAAUUUGGUUCAUUUCUUGACUGUCUCUUUUUAUUUCAUGUUAUGUUACUAAAACUGGGUUCACAGGAAGCUUCUACAUUGUUGGAAUAUUUCCAGCUUUUGUGUUUGACGUUGUGGGUGUAUUUUGUGCCUAAGUAAAAUGUCACUACAAGAUAUGACACUUUAACACCUACUUUUGUGCAUGCACAGAAGGGUUUGCACAUCAUGCUGGGAAAACUAUACAACCUUACCUCAAAAUCCAGUCAUGCCGUGCCUUAACACAAUCCGGGCACUUGGAUUUAGUUCAGUGGUGACUGUAAUGUAAAUUUUGAUUGUGUUUUUAGUACGUUCACUUUUACAGGGAGAUUUGUAUAUUUUCACAGAAACUUUAACAUGGAAAUCACUGACUAAUAGGAAAAAAUGAGUUUGUUAUAUCUGAUGUAUGCUAGAUUUCUGGUAUCUUUGUUAUUUAAUACAGAUUGAGCACUAAUUUUGAUUUGAAAUAAAAUUGCAAUUGAAUGUAUAGUUGGUUUUUGAAAACUAUUGGGUCUUGAUUUUAAUGACUUGAUAAUAUACAUUCCCAUUCAAAGUUCU